GUGCCGGCUGGAGACGUCAGCUUGCAGCUUCCCUCUCCGCCCUCCCCCUUUGCCAUUGCUGCAUCGUCCUCCCCGCCUCCUUGCCAGGGAGGGAAGCAGCAGCAGCAGCAGCGUCGGCGAGCGAGCGAGCGAGUGUGCGCGUUGGGGGCGCGCGCGGCGGCUUAUUCCCCUCGCUGUGUGCAACAGCCUCCGGUGGGUGCUGCCGCCUCUCGCCCGGUGCCACCUCCCUCCGCCCUAGAACCGGAGCCGCCGCCGCCGCCACCUCCCUCCCCCGCGCUUAUUUCCCUUCCCUUCCCAGGCUCCUCUAAGCAAGGAGCUCUUACCCAACCAGCCGCGGGUGCGUCCCUGGCGUGUGUGCAUUCUUCUCCUUCCCUCCGCCUCCAAAUCGCAACCUUAUAUAAAUAUAUAUAUAUCUCUCAUAUAUAAUAUAUAUAUAUAUAUAUAUUGCUGUUCCCUCUCCAACCCUGCUUGGUGCCUCCACCGCCGAGGAGGAGGAGCGGCAGCAGCGGCAACAACAUGGCGAAAACCGAGCAGGUCCUGAGUCUGGAACCGCAGCACGAGCUGAAAUUCAAAGGUAAGGAGGGCGCGGGGAGGGGGCGGCCGCCCAUGCAGCAGCCAUGCGACGCUUCCUCGCCUUCCCCUUUCCUCCCCCCGCCGGUUUCUUUCCCCCAUUUUAUUACUGUUAUUCCUUUUCUGAAACGGAAAGGCAAGGUGGCUCCUCCGGCGGCGCGCUCUGCUGCAGCCGCUUUGCCAGAAAGGGCUCAGCUCCAGCGGCAGCCAUUUUCCGGGGGCCGCCGGGGUUGGGCAGCAGCAGCAGCGGCGGCCGCGCUCAGCUCGCAGGGCUUGCUGAAAUGUCCUUCGUGGUCGAGGAAGGGACCCGCGCGCGGCGGGCGCGCCUUCGCCUCCCCGGGGUCCCCAGGGCGCAGGCAUCGCCCGGCUGCUGCUGCUGCGCAAUCCUCCCUCGCUCGGGGCGCUGGGGAUGCGAAGGGAGCCCUCGAAGCGUUUCUCUCCUUCGGGUGCAAAAGAAGGCGGAGAGAGGGGUGUUUUUCUUGUUGCAUUUGCGCUUUCCCCCUGUGCUCGGGCCUGCUCGGGCCCUGGUGCUGCUCCUCCGCUUCGAUCCCUGGAUGCCCGGGGAAGAAAAACCUUGCCAGGCGCAGCAGCCUUUCAGAAGCGGGAGCAGCCAAGAGGGAUCAGAAUGGGCUAUAUUUCCCCAGUUUUAAGCCUGUAGAUGCUCCGCGGUGCAAUGGGGGAGCAUCUCUCGAUCCUUGGUUUGGGCGGGGGCCUACGAAUCCCUCGUUGACGGCGGCAAUGACGGGGCUGAUCUGCGUUUGCAGAAUGGCACAGAAUACCCGUCUCGGGAAACUUGACAAGGCUCCCCGAUUCUUACGAAAAACAAACAUUUGCAAACUUGUCAAUGCAAUUACGGUUGUUGCACAAUCGCGCGCUGGUGGGGGUCGGGACAGUGAGGUCGUCUCCCCAGGGAAGCGUGUGCUGUGGAUGUGAAGAAGCACAGCAGCAACAAAUAACGCUUCAUGACGUGUCACACUUGUAAGGGAGCUGGGUAGCGCUGGGUGCGUUGAUCGGCCUGAUCCCAAUUAUGUUCACUCGGAAAUAAGUCCCAUUGAGUUCAGUAGGAGUCAGGCAAGCAUGCCUAACAUUUGCAACAGAUUAAAGGUUUAGGGCGCAAUCCUGUGCAUGCUUACUCAGAAGCCCCACUGUGGCCAGUGAGUGCCAGGUGAGUCUGCGUGGGCAUCUGUUGUCAAUUGAUGGUAGCUGAAUGACAAUUGGAAUUUUUAUCUUGCUGGGGUUGAGUCACAUUGCUUUUAACUGCCUGCGGCAACCUUACAGCUGCCUGAAAGUGUGGAACGGGUUUCGCUUUGUGUGGCAAUAAAUUCUAAGACCUUUGGCCCAGUGUGUAACAGUAAACGGCUGACUCCUCCUUUCCCCCCUUUUGCAUGUUAAGAUAAAAAAUCUGCUGUUUUUGGAAUCCUAACUAAAGAGAGGCCUUUUAAUACGUGCCUCUGAUUCAGGGUGUUAUACCGGGUUUAUACUUUAGAAAUCAAACACUGAUGUUUUCAUGGACAGGGCUGCUGGUAAUACAAUACGGUGAGAUUACACAGCAGCAACCAGCAGACUUAUUUAUAAAGUGGAUCAGAAACGUUUCUGCUUGCAGUGGUGUUGCUCCUGUUCCCAGACUCCACCUUUACUUAGGAGUAAGUCCUAAAUAAGUGCAUGCAUGCUUAUUUGGGACUAAGUCCAACUGAAUUCAGUUGAACUUCUGAGCAAACGUACAUACAUGAUGUUGCAGUUAGACGUGUAUUUGGAAAUAGGUCGAAUUGUUUUGUCUAAUUGCCUCAUGCACAUACUUGGUCUCCUUGCAGGAAAAGAGUUGUCACUUUACUGAACGCUGCAGUUCAGUUAUAAACAUGUGGAUGAAACAUCAACCGUACAUAUGCAUGUGAGACAGCAGCCAUUAUAAUAUGUAUCUGAGGAAUAUGAAAAUGCUGGUUUAAUUGUGGAGGCAAGUCCAGACUCAAUCCUGCUUCAUUAAACAUGGCAUGUCCAUAUAGGCACACUUGUGUGCGCACAGAACUAAUGAAUAUGUGAUGGAACUGUUGGUGUAAGGUGAGAUUAAAAAUAAACACACACUGAACUUGGAGAUACCAUCUUUCUAUGACUCAUUAGGCACUCAAUUGAAGUAAAUAAGGAUCAGACCCUGAAGGCUAUAGAUCGGUGCUAGCAUACCCAAUAAUUCUGGGUUAGAGCUUAAUUUGUUCAUGAUCUCAUGGCCGUCUCUAGUAAGACAACCACCCUAAAUGAUGAUUAAGGCCGGUUUGAGUUGAGUGAAACUGGCAAAUGAACUCCAAUCCCAUGCUGUAUCCGCCCUUUUUAUUUUUACUUUGACCUUGGCAAGAGAAAUAAAAUUUCCUGGGAUAUUAAAAAACUGGAUUUUUUGUGUUGUUUCUGGCACAUUUAUUUUCUACUAUAGAUAUUUGCCCUGUUUGUCCUAUGUAACUAUAGAUGGGCAGUUGAUAGCAUCUGCCAUGUAUUAGUGCUGAGGAGCGAUGCAGCAGAAAUAAAGUGCAGCAGCCCCUAUACUCAAAUUGCUUCUUAUAUAGAGAGAUAGGCUUUCCCUAAGUUCUUAGCCCGCUUACUCUAAAGUAAUCCCAUUACUCUGCUGUUAAUCAAGUAAUGGACUGUGACUUUUAUCUGUGCAGAUAUGCUGUAGAGAGGAAUUCAUACUUCGCUGACACUGUGUACAGUCAUAGUGCCUUCUCAUGUAUUGACAGUACGUUUUUUCUAAUUUAGUUUAAGGCCUUGUUUUUAACUUUGGGUGGUAUAAAAAUGAAAUAGGUGAGACCUCAUACACUUCCAUAAUAUGUAAGCUGUGUUCUCUGCUGGAAAUAAACUGCUGUUUACUGGGGGUAAAAAAGAGUAAGCAAAAACAUGUCGUUACUGCAAGCAAAAGCACUCAACUCUGUAAUAUAGAAGAAGAAGUGAACAUUAUUACGCCAUGCAUAUUUGUUUAGAUUUGCACCCACACAUUCAAUUUUAAAAGGAUGGAUUUAAUCUGGCUUCUCUAAAUAAGAAUGCUUAGGAUUGCUGCAUAUCUUUGAGGCAGAUGUCACCAGUGCUUCAGCAGGUACUUCUGUCCUAAUUACAAAACAGUGCAGUAAAUAAAUAAUAAGAGGAGAAAAAGGGCUUGAGACUCCAAGGGAAUGAGAGCUGGAAAAGUGAUUCAGGUUUCCUAGGUGGCAUCGCUAAAUAUAUAGGUGCUUGGGCAGCCAACAUGUCUUUACUCAAGUCUUGCUCGGGCAGGAAUUAAGAAUGCAGUAGACAGAAUUAGGGUGCUCUGGGAGCUGUGAAGAAGCUUCUUACAGGGAGGAGAGUUUGCUAGAGCAUAUUACAUUUUGCAUGCAUGUUCAAUAUUUGUCAUCUUCAGGGAGAAACUUCUGCCUGAAACCCUGGGGAUCUCCCAGUCAUUGUAGACAGUACUAAACUUGAUGGACUGGUGGCCUGAUUCAGUAUAAGGAAGCCCCUUCUGUUCCUUCUCCUACAGGUUUGUAGACAGUCCCUGUUUUCCUCUUCGUAGCUGUAAGGUCAGAAGAAGUUGUGUUUUCAGAAUCUCUUGGGGAGGCACUGGGUUCUGCAUUGCAAGAUGUUUUCUGAAUGGCAGUGCAGUUAUUGAUGGACUCCAUAAAGUUUAAUUCAUAAUCUGCUUAAUACACACAUAUAAAAACCCUCUUCAGUGAUUGGCAUAAAAUAUAAUUAAAAUUCAUAUAAUUGCAAUAAUCAAAUAAAACUUUUUAAAAAACCUGUAGGCCAUAGACAAAAAGUGAACAGUGCACGAAAAGAAAAAAGUCCUAUGAGUUAGGAAUCAGAAGCCAUGAAAGCUUGGGAUAAACUUAAGUGUCUUUAAGAAGCAUUUAGAGCUGGCUACUGACUCUGUUCACUUCUUGACUCACACAAGUGAGGGCAUUCCAAAGUCUAGGUGCCACCACAGAGAAUAUGGCCCUGUGCUUUCACCAAACAGCCUGCUGCAAACUUGUCUGCUUAUGCCUGCAGAGAGAAAAGCACAGCAAGUACCAUUGGAAGCCCUUGAACACACUUGCGGUUCUGGUUAAUAUACAUUAGAAGUGAGCCGGAAGAGAAAACAAAUAUUGCCGUGGAGACUAGCAGUUACGUUAACGUAAGCAGGGUGAUUCUCUCUGAUGGUUCAAGUUGCUAGUUCCUUGGAUAAGUACAGAGACCUGUGAAUAGGGUUGCUAAGCAGUUCCUUCUGCUUGUCCUGUUCCUGUGCUUUUUAGUAGCUCACAUGCAGAAGUUGAAACAGGGGAAAGGUCUUCCAAACAUGGAGGUAAAGUGAACAGCUGUGUCUAGUUCAAGGCUGAGUGACGUGUGGCCUUCCAGAUGCAGUUGGACCACGUCUCCUAUCCUUGACAAGGCAGCAUAGGCUUGCACAUAGCUGUUUGCGUGCCAACCUUUGGCAAUGAAUAAUUGCUGCUGGAUGAUAAUGUCACAGAAUAUUUUGUAAAUUGAAAGAUAAUUUUCUUCCACCCUGUUGAUAGGCAGCUGGUACGCAACCAUUGUCAGCAGGUUGUAGAACAGCUGUUAGCUCUUAUUGGAAAUGAUUGCAGGCUGGUAUUUCCAUAGGUGGUGGUGAGGCUGUGAUUUUCCUGUUUGGGCAGACAGGAGUGGUUAUUACUUUGAGAACACCUGCGUUCCGGUUGUAUGACUGAAGAUUCCUGCCUCUUCUUUUCCUGGGUUGUAGGAGACAUUGUAUUCCAGGUGUGGCAUGGAGCCUCAUCCUUAGUUGUACAUCCCCAAACUUCUUGUGUUACCUUUGCUUAAUAUGCAGUGUUCCUCAUCAAAGAAUAACGCACCAUGUAGCAGUUCCAGGUUUACUAGGCUCUCAUUCAUCCUGAAAAACGGAGGAGGCAGGCUCUCCUGAGACAUGUGCUCUUUAUUGAAAAUGGUCCUGUUCUACCAUGGUACGAUGAGCUAUUUGCUGAAAGUUCCGUAAGUUCAGUGGGAGCACACUAACUUAUUUCAAUUGCACAUGACUGACUGAAACCUGCAUGAUGGGAGGAGAGAGAGGAGAAAAUUGGCACAGCCUUUGAUCUUUUGGCAUAACCUCUUCAUCUUUCCUCCAAGUGGGUUUUCCCAAGUGGGUUUUUACUAGAAUUGGAAAAAGCUUGGAUUAUGCAAUUGUUUGCUAUUUUUAUUAGGACAGUUUAUCAUAUGGCUGCUAUUUCUCUUUGCUCCCUUCCGUUGAAAUCACUGGCUAAAUGUCUUUCUGCUUAAUCAAGAGCAAGCAUUAAGCUGUCGGAUACCAAGAUCUAAAGUUUAUUCCAUGCACGCAGUGAAGAUGGAAGAAUGUUAACUAGAAAAAACCCGGGAGAUGAUUCAGCAGGGAUUGGAGCUUCUUUCUGCUAAUUCUGAUGUGCAACUAUCAGAACAGCACAAGAUCCUCUUCCUGUUCUUGUAGAUGAAACAUGCCCCAAAUGGAAUUAGAUAGGCAAUAAACAAAGAUCUGUGGUGAAGCUAUUUUAACCAAUUUUCUUUCCUGUUCAUAAACAGGUUAGGACAGUGGUUCUCAUGGGUUGUGACAGGAGAUGAUGGGAAGUGUAGCAGGAAGAUUCAAUAAACAUUUAUAAACAUGUGGUAUAGUAUAGUAUCAAAAUAUUUUUUUUAUUUGGAUAUGGAUGGCUACCUUUUCGAAACCAAGCACUGCUGGGAGUUGUUUAUUUUUGUUUUCCAAUCUUACGUUUUCCAAUCUUAUCAAUAAAAACAUUCGGUGUGGCUGGAGCAAAUCUUUAUUCUGAAAGUGUGGCCCAUAGAGUUAGAUCAUUGGUCCAUUUAGCUCAGCCUUGUUGCACUGUUUGGGCAGGAUCUUUCCACGGUUUCAGAAUGAGGGCUGUCUCAGCUGUACCUGGAACUGCUGUGGGUGGUACCUGAGGUUUUCUGCAUGCUGAACAUGAAUUUUCCAUUGCUUGCCAUCACUACUUCCUUUGAAAUGCAUCCUUUGUGCAGCUUUAGGUCAGAUUUGCUUUUUGCUUUUCAUUUAAUGGCACGAUCUUUUUCUAUAGCUAGCUUAAGAGAGACAUUCCGGUGGGUUGUGGCUAUAGAAGACUUAAAUUUCUAGGGGUUCUACAGUUGGCGGUGUCAAUACUUGUGGAACACAAAUACCUGUUUUGAGUGGAAUAUCCACUGUCUGGAGAUUUAGCUCAUUGCCUUCAAAAAAAGGGGGGGACUUUAAACAUUCAACCUGGGAUUUUAUAUAUAUAUAUCUUGCCAACAGCCUUUUCUUUCCCAGAUCAAGCAUGGUGUUUCAGAAAUAGCUUGAGGCUUAGCAGUGCUCCUUCCAAGCUAUCGCUUGUCAUUGAAUGUAGAACUGAAACGAGUUCUAAAAUUUUCUGCUUAGCAGAGAAAGUGAGCAUGGCUCUUUCCACCUCCCAUCAGUUUCACAAAGCAAAAAUGUCUACACUAGGGUUUCCCAAACUUGGGUCUCAAGUUGCUUUUGGACUACAAUUCCAAUCAUCCCUGACCACUGGUUCUGCUAGCUAGUGAUGAUGGGAGUUUUAGUCCAAAAAACAGCUGGAGACCCUCCUUGACUAAACUUUCCUGGGUGAACGAAAAUAAGCAGAGUCUUGAGUGUUGCAUUUUUAGCAGGGUCGUCUAAUCAGUAGUAUUGGUUGGGUUUUUUAAUCCUUCCCCCUGAUGUUAAAGGUAAACCAACCAUUGAUGAUGAGUUGGCGGGGGCGGGGGGGAAUCCUGCACAAAGGAUAAAUGGGUGUACUAUUCCUUCCACUUUAUACCUUGAGGAAUAUCAAGUAGCAAAGCUUCUCCUGCUUCCUAACACUUAAGGCCAGAGAUUGCAUAUUGGAACGCUCCUCCUGUGAAUGUUGUAAGACUGGGUCAUCCUAUGCUUCUCCCUGGCAUACCUGUGUUUAGGGAGUUUUUCGAUGGGGAGGGCAGAGCAUUCGAAAUUCCUCCCUCACCCACAGCUCAAAGCAUUACAGCCCCAGAAAAGCUAUACCGUUUGAUUCUCCAGAAUGUAUAAAAUGGCCCUCAGUCUGCUGGGUGUCAGGAUAUGUAGCAAUUUAACUAUAGAUUAAGAGUAGUAUUUGGCUACACCCAGAAAUUAGUUAAAGAUUAAGGGUAGUUUCUGACUAAGUCAGAUUGAGUAAGCCCAUUGAGCUCAGUGAAGUUAGUUGGAGCUCUCAUGAGUCAAUUGAUUUAAUGGGCUCUACUUUACUCACAGGGGAUGCGGGUGGCGCUGUGGGUUAGCCCACAGAGCCUAGGACUUGCCGAUCAGAAGGUCAGCGGUUCGAAUCCCCGCGACAGGGUGAGCUCCUGUUGCUCAGUCCCCGCUCCUGCCAACCUAGCAGUUCGAAAGCACGUCAAAGUGCAAGUAGAUAAAUAGGUAUCACCCCGGCGGGAAGGUAAACGGUGUUUCCAUGCGCUGCUCUGGUUUGCCAGAAGCGGCUUAGGCUGGCCACAUGACCCAGAAGCUGUAUGCCGGCUCCCUCUGCCAAUAAAGUGAGAAGAGCGCCGCAACCCCAGAGUCGGUCACGACUGGACCUAAUGGUCAGGGGUCCCUUUACCUUUUUACUUUACUCUUAACACCCAGAUUUCAUCAGCAGCCUUUAAGGAAGGUUGUAACUCUGGUCAUGGAACAUGGGCAUGGUGCUUUACAAAGAAUGAGAGCUCUGAGUCCCUGCCCCAAGGGGCUAGCAAUCUAGAUUAGAGCAAGGUGGUGCUCUGCUGGUGUUCUUGGACUAUGGCCUUGCUGGCUAGGACUAAUGAAAGUCACAGUCCAACAUCCUCUGCAUUGCCCCACCAUGGCCGCCUCUGAUCUAGAAAUUGACAUAACGCAGAUAACAGAAAGGGGACAGAAUUGCAGCCAAGGGUAAAAGGAGACUAGUACAUUAUUAUUUCAGGUACACUUGCUGCUUUAACGACAACAUCCGUUUAGCAUGGCCAUGUGAUUCUGGAGUUGGCAGAGGCUCAUGGGCCUUGUAGUCCAGAGCACUUAGGUUGCAGUAGGGUAUUUCAGUUGCAGAAUUCAGAAAAUUGCAGUGUUCCGAAGAGGCCAUUCUCUUUGAUAAACUUAAUUUUUAGGAGGUCUUCUUGAUGUGAUUGCAUUUUAGUAAAUAUGGUAGAGAGUGCAUUAUUGCAAAAAAGAUUUUAUAAAAGUCUAACGGAGUAAAACUUGCAGAAAAUACAAGUGAAGCAGCUAGCUCUGAUUUGUCAUACAAAAUUGUAAACGAAUAUGUAGUAUUUGUGGCCGGGGCAACCCAGCCAGAUGGGCAGGGUAUAAAUAAUGAAAUUAUUAGCAUUAGUAUCUGGGUUUCAGAGGUGCUGGAAGAAAUUCCCUUUAGGUUAGAUCUACUGUUCUUCUCUUAAAAUGAUUUGAUUAAUCAUUUACAUCAGUAUGCCAAAAAGGCUUUUGUGAAAGUUUUGGUUUAUUAUUUUUUAAGUAAGCAUCCAUAACUAUUUCUUGGGGGAAUGGGGUUUAUCAGAAUCUAAUGCACAACCCUAUUUUAGGUGUGCUUAGGGCAGCAGCCAGGGUGCAGUUUCUGGUUUGACCUAUGGCAUGACUGCAGAAUCGAACCUUUUGAGAUGCCUUUGAUUUUGACCACAAAGAAAUACAGCCACGUGAAAGUUUUACAGCCUCCUUUGUAGAUAAUUUAGAUUCAUGAGACUGGGGACUUGUUAAGAGUUGGUUGGCUUCUAACAUAAAAUUGCAUGGCCAUUUAUUUGUAUUUUAUUUGUUUAUAAAAUAUUUAUAUAGCCCCCAUCUCAUAUAUUUUUUAUCAUGUCACCUUCAGCUUUGCAUCUAUUGAUCUGAAUUUGGGCAGGUCUAAUCUACCCAGGCUCGUUUGUCACUUGGGUUUCACAUCUUUUGUUGCCAGGUGUGUUAAAUGGUCACCAGCAGGAGAUGCAGUACAAACGUUACAUUAUACUCUGUAGCUUCUUCCCAAGCUAGGGUCUUUCUGAUAAUAGCGUGCAAGCAUUUUAUGGGUGUUUAUCCCCAAUUUUCUGUUUGCGUGCUUCAGAAUUUGCCUGCAUAUUACUGUGGUUGGGGCCACCCCCAAAUCUGCCAGACCCAGAGAGUACUGUUUGGAUGGGUGGUUGGUUGGUUGGUUGGUUGGUUGGUUGGUUGGAUAGAUAUAACAUAAUUGAAGAAGCAGAGUGUGUUCACAGACACGUCCAACAUGGCUUGGCAACAUCAAACAAUAGUCUAAUGUUAAAGCUGCAAUGCUCUGGGGAUGGGAGUGUUCAGCAUUUUCCUUGUCCCUCUCUUUGGGUUGUGAUCUGCUUACUUGACCAUUUUAAAUUGGGGUAGUUUUUUGCACUGAAUGAAAGCAGGAAAGGACCGAGAAGUCACCCCACCCAUGGAGUGUGAAUGUCUAUAGAGUCUGUGUGUGGGAUUCUUUGGCAAAGGAAAAUCAGUAAUUGGUUUUUGUCAGUUUUGGGGUGAGUAAUGCUAUUUGAAUUGAUUCUGUCUGUGGCUGCGGGCAGGCUGUUGGGUGUGGGGCAGACACCAGAUUUGUGCAACCCAAAUAAUGGCUCUGGGGGUAGGCCAGCGUGCAAACUGGUGAGAGAUGGGCUGGAAUCCGUAACUAGCUGUGCUCCAUGAACCAUGCACUGGAGUGAGGACAUUAGAAUUAUUAGAGGUUCAGGAUUUUAACAGCCCAGCUUAGUUGGGUGCAGAGGGGGUCAUGUUUUUGUUGCUGUUGGUAAACAGUUGGGAAUUAGAAACCCCAUGUCUGUCUCCUGCAAACCAUCCAGCAAUCUGUCAGUACAGCAUCCUGUAGAAUUCUAUCAGUUAUAUUUUAUCUGCACAAUCAGAAUGAAUUUCUGGAACAAAAUUGCUUUUUCUGUGCAGCCUGAGAACAGGAGCAGUCACCGUUAAGGAAAAGAGGUUGGAAUAGGCCAAUAUAUAUAUGGACUGUCCCUGGAUCAAGUGACUUUUCUUCUUUAAGUUCUCAAAGUUCUUAACUUAGCUCAAAGUUGUCAUCUGAACUAUCCAGAUGUUUAAGUGAGAAUCAAUCACAGUCAGUCCAUCAUUUGAAAAAUAAGACUUUAGAGCCUUCUUGCCCCAAAAUGGCAGCUAGACAUUCUGAUUUGGUGACUGCAACCUUGGUUUUAGGAGCCAUUUGGUGCCUAGGUUAGAUAUCUGAGUUUCUAACACUGCUUUUGCCCACCAUGGAUCCACAUCUUUGGGUAAAAUGUCUAAAUACCCAGUGAGUGUGGUUCAUUUCCUCUGGAAUCAUCCUGUUGACUUUAGUGGUGGUGUUCCAAAACAAACAGUUCUGAAUACUGCAACAUCACUUGCUUCUCAUUUAAUUUGGCCAGGUCUAAUACAAAGGUUUUGCGUAGAACGUGCUAGAACAGUCUUUGAGUGCCAAAUGCAAUGCCAGAAGCUUGUCUUCUACUGAGGCAAUACAGAAAAAGUUGCAGUUUGUUCUCUCACCAACUGCUUCUUCCUACCUGAGAGUGACAAGAAACCUUCUGUUGCUUACCAUGAAUAUUCAAAAUCAAAUAUAUAUUGUCAGAUAAUGGGAUUGUCACAGAAAUGACAAAACGUUGAAGACAUUUUUUGUCCAUUAGCUUAACGUUUUUUAAAAGGCACAAUUGUCUGCGUUGGGGAAUUGCAGCUGUGUCAUCCUUCAGAAAUUAGAUUGUGUAGCAGAAUCUUAAGAUUGGAUUCAGACAACAGGUACCGUAUUUUUCGCCCUAUAGGACGCACCGUCCCAUAAGGCGCACCUAGUUUUUUCUGGGGGAAAUAAAGGGAAACAAAUUUAUUUCCCCCCCAGGUGCGGGGCUGGGGCAGGGGAAGCCCGAGCUUCCCCCAGCCCCCAGAACAGGCAACUCUCCACAAGCCGCGGGAGCCCAGCGCCGGGCUCCCGCGCUUUGUGGAGAGCUGCGCGAAGUCUGGGCGCACUGAGCUCAGCACGCCCAGGCUUCAGCAUGCAGGCAACUGUCUGCAAGCCGUGGGAGCCCAGCGCGGGCUCCCAGGGCUUGCGGAGAGCUACGCGAAGCCUGGAGAGCGAGAGGGGUCGGUGCGCACCAACCCCUCUCGCUCUCCAGGCUUCAGCGAAAGCCUGCAUUCGCCCCAUAGGACGCACACACAUUUCCCCUUCAUUCUUGGAGGGGGAAAAGUGCGUCCUAUAGGGCGAAAAAUACGGUAUGUCAUACGGCUGAUAAGUUCUGCUCAGUUGACAGAAUCCUUACUGUGUAUGUGAUGCACUCUCUGGUAGUCACAUCAAGUAUUUCUUUUGUGCUAUCACUUUGAGCCUCCUGUUUUUUCCCUCGAACCCAUGCGGUUUCUGCAACAAGAAUUUGCUGGAGGACUCUAGUGCCCCUGCCAUAAAUUAGACUUCGUUUUAAACUUCUUGGAAACAAUUACACACUUAACAGCAUGUUCCUGGUUGCAGUUUCAUUUUAUUAUGGGGAAGGCGGGAAAGCUGAAAUUUGAAUACCAUAAAAACACUCUUCAUAAUUUCCAGUUUCUGCAGGGCUUGAAAGCCUGAGUAGGCCAGCUUUCUGUGCUCAGAGGAUGUUUAUAGCAACAUCUUAAAUGCUUUUCAAAGAGGUGUUUAUGGUAGAAACAGCAAUGUAGUUGUAGGUAGUUCUCCAGCUUUGUGGAAGGAAGAAGCUAGCGCCUAAUUCUUGUGAUUACUUGUGGAUAGGCUUGAAAGCGUUCGGGGCAACAGGUAGUGUGGCAGCUUAGAAGCAUGCAGUGGGAUGAAAUAACAUUUCUAGUUACUGGAGGGAGGGCUUGAGUGCCUCAUUUAUAAAAUCUCAUUGGCCUGGUGAAUACAUAAAUUCUGCUUCAGCUGAAUGUAUGAAGAUGUAGAAAGUUGCAGAAUCAGGCUCUUAACAGUACAGUGGUACCUUGGUUUACAAACAGUAUGGUUUGCAUAUGUUUUGGAUUACAACCCACCCCCCUCUCCUUCUUCUUUUUGGUUACGAACAAUUUUUUUUCCUGGAGGCCCCAUUGGCGAAAGCGCACCUUGGGUUACAACCUGUUUUGGUUUACAAACAGACCUCCGGAACGAAUUAAGGGUGUAAACCAAGGUACCACUGUAUAGGGCUUGUUUCUUUCCUUAUAAGAGAGUUCAGCCAUCUCUGUUUGCAUGUGCAGUCUCAAUUAUAUUUUAUGCACAACUCAAAUCUGCCUUCCAUAAGUAUCAUGUUGGAAUGUACACACCAACAUCCUGUUUGCAAAAGUGUGUCAAACUUUCAAAGAGUACACAAACAGUUUCUUAAUUGUGAAGACAUAACUCUAUUUUAUUAAAAAUAUUCAUAAAAGAUAACAAGGUAGUUACAACAACAGCACAUAGAACCAUAAAAUUUUGAAACUAUAUAAACUUUUUUUGGAGAUAUAUGUUCUUAAUUGCCUGCAUAAACCUGACAUAAUGGAAAAGUUUUCAGGAGGAGUUUAAAAGCUGGAUUUUAAUUUGGUUGUUGGCCAACUUGGGGUCCAGUGUUGGGACAGGAAGGUAUAUACGUUAAUAGUAAUAUAUGACAAGCAAGCCUCAUGCACUCUUAAGAAGUGACAUCCUGGAUAUUAGACAGAGUUCCAACUUUGCAAGUCUCCCAGCAAUAAGCAACUAUAGCCUCAGUCAGGGUUUCCUAAAUCUGGGUCUCCAGCUGCUUUUGGACUACAAUUCCCACCAUCCCUGACCAUUGAUCCUGCUAGCUAGGGAUGAUGGGAGUUGUAGUCCAAAAAGAGCUGGAGACCCAAGUUUGGGAAACCCUGACCUAGGUUCUCCAACACAAAACUAGAUUGUGGGCCCUUCUCUGCCAUCUGCCCACCUUGUCUUGCAUGCUUGGCUAAUGAAGCCCCUCGUUCCAAAGGGGAGGAAGUAUCUUAAUGCAAGCCACCACCUUAGAUUUCACUAAUACGAAUUGCAGCUUGCCUGAAUACUUACAUUCAUGCAGAGGUGGUAGUUCCCCUUAAGGGGGAACGGUUGAAACUUGUAAACCUUCAUUCGGUUAAAGCUUCUAACGGUGCUACAACUAGCAGAAAAUCUCGGUGACAAUAUUGCUUGGUCCACUGCUGGGCAGCCAUUUUCUGGGCUGCAUAUCUGGUUGUGUUACCUUUUCACCGCCCGUUCUCAUGUCUUGGGGUGCCGUGAUUGGGUUGCUUGUGCCUCCCAUACCUUAAGCUGGCUGUCCAUGCCUUAGCGCAGGGAACCAUCUAACAAACACGCCCGCAUCAGCAGUAAAGUGUUGAGAAUGAGGAGAUUUCACCCCUCCCAUAUCCAAGAAUCUGCCGAUGAGUCUGGUGAUGUUCCAGAGAGGAGGGGCGGUGUUCUGCUCUCUACUUAUUCCGCUCCAGCCUAACAUCAGUCAGUCAGUCGGUGUGUCGGAGAGAGAGAGACUGAGUGUUAGAGAUUGUGUGUAUAGAUAAGGUUGCUGCUAAGAGCAGCUGCAGACACUCAGUGCAGUUCAGCAUUUUUGCUUAGACCUCAUUUAGCUCUGUACAUAGUUGUGUAUUAUAGUUGUAGAUAGAAUAAAAGAAGAUAUUCUACAGAGCUGCUCUCGAGUUGUUUAUGCUCUGUUGUACUCUGCUGUGCGACGACUGUCUUCUUGUUGGAGUGAAUCCGGUGCUCACAACUCUAAGCAGUGAGUCCACAGCACUUUGACCUGUUCCUGUGCAGAAGGUGGUCUCUGGAAGUGCUACCCAGCUCGCCUAGCCCAGUCGGGGCUGAAGUGAAUGAGUCCAGUCGGUGGCACUGGCUCAAGGGCGAUGCUGACAGAGAAUCCUCAAGCCCAAGUAGCAGUGCAAAGUCGUCUUUUGCAUUCUGAAAGUGCAGCUCAUAGGGGCUUAAUAAAAUUACCCGGAUGCCCGCCUGCAGUUGGCUCCUGUGUAGAUAAUGUUCAUAGAUCACAUUGAAGUCCUAGCUGGGAUGUCUCAUUCCAUACUGCAUGAUACGCUUAAUCUCGGGGUUCAUGGGUUUGAGCCCCAUGUUGGGCAAAAGAUCCCUGUAUGGAUGAAAACAGCCUUUCCUAGUUUCUGCCCAAGAUGGUACUGUCCUAUUUGCUAUCUCAGCUUUGUACUGGGAAUGGUCAAUGAGCAGUCAGAGAAGCCAGCAAACAGAAACCUCCUUUCUUCUGCUUUUCCUGCUUCUGCACAGGGCUGUCCUUUGAGUGCUUGUGCCAGAUAAAAGUUGUAAGCACAACCAGAACUGUUAAAAUCAUUGUACUGAACAAUGGGUCCCCCCCCCCUUGUUCAGACAGAAUAGCACAAUAUAUGCCUGUAACUGUCCUUCUGUUCUCUGCUUAUUCUCUUACCCCGAGCCUUGAAGUUGUUUCCUAUGUUCUCCACUCGUGUUGGAUUGUCACAGGUUCAAGUGUAAAUCUUGCAAACUUAAGAGGAAAAGCCUUGUUGGUUCCUAUGAAAACAAGGAACAUCAAAUCAUUUAAAGCACUGCUUUAUAGCCAGGGGGACAGGCCUUGCUAGUUUGCUCUGUUGCAUAGAAAAUAUUUGGGGAAUGGGCUUUGUCAGUCCUCCAUUCUUGGCACCCUUAAACUACAGUUCCCAGGGUUCAUUGGGGAAAGUCAUCUACAGUGGUACCUCAGGUUACACAUGCUUCAGGUUACAGACUCCGCUAACCCAGAAAUAUUACCUCGGGUUAAGAACUUUGCUUCAGGAUGAGAACAGGAAUCGUGCUCUGGCGGCAGUGGGAGGCCCCAUUAGCUAAAGUGGUGCUUCAGGUUAAGAACAGUUUCAGGUUAAGAACGGACCUCUGGAACUAAUUAAGUACCUAACCCGAGGUACCACUGUAUUUUAAAUGUAUGGUGUGCAUGCAGACUGAGUGUCUCCAAAGCCUUUUGUGACCACACCCCAUAUGCUGUCUGUGCAUGCAGGAGAACUCUGGGUGGGUUGAGUCUUCCCAGAAUGGUGACAAACACCCAUCAUUCUUCCCCCGCCUGCGAAUAAAUAAAUCAAUAAAUAAAAUGCAAUGAACAGAGAAGCAGACAAGUUUGGGUGAAAGGGUUGUGAAAUAAAUAAAAUAAAAAUCCUCAAAAUAAAAUAACUACAACUGUGCAAUGGGUUUAGAUCAGUCCAAGUGGUGCAGAUGGCUGUCUUGUUUUGCCAUGUUCUUCAGCACAUGACAUACUCCAAUGGUGGCCUCCGUCCUUUGUGUUUAAUGUAGGUCUCUGGUGUAAAAAGGUUGACGCUCCUUCUUUAGCAGAACGUGGGGAAAGGCUUGGAAGUUCCUCUAGGCCAGAGCUUUCCAAACUGCGUCACGACAAGUUAGCGUCUUGGCGUGUUGCACGAAUGCUCCCCGUGCUCCUCCCGGGGCUGGAAAGGGGUUAGUUUAACUUCCGGUCUGCUAGUAAAACUGAAUUACUGUGUCACAAAACGAUGCAGAACUGAAUUACUGCGUCGCGAAAUGAUUCAUGUCUCAAAAAGUGUGUCACCAACAUGAAAAGUUUGGAAAGCUCUGCUCUAGGCCAGUGUUUCCCAAACUUUGGUCUCCAGCUGCUUUUGGACUACAGUUUCCAUCAUCCAUGACCCACUUGUCUUGCUAGCUAGGGAUGAUGGGAGUUGUAGUCCAACAACAGUUGGAGACCCAGGUUUGGGAAACACUGGCCAGGUUAAAAGCCAAUUGUACAACAUUGUACACACAGGGAUUGGUGACAGGUGAGGCAGCUGCCACAGUGAUGAGUGCAAAGAGCUUCCAUGAGAUUGCAUGCUUGAAUGCCUCUCUCUUUUUAUGAAUGAGGAGCUGUUUUAGUGAAGCCAGCAGGACAUACCCUCCAUCCUAGAACAUGCUGCACAACUAUGAAGUAGACAAUGGUAAUAUUGGGCCUAGUGCUGCCGUACAUAUCUGACAAUAACUUUAUACUUAAGUGGUCCAGUGCACUUGAUGUGUUUGAAAGAUUUUACCACAUCAGACUUGUAAGUAUGAAUUUGCCUGGUUGCUGCAAUUGAGUAGGAAUCUGGUGACGGGUGAGGGAAUCUUUUCUAAACAGUAUAUUCCUUCGCUCUCCAAAAAGGUUUAAAGGUGUUGCCAAGGGAGAAGCCCCUUUCAGCUGUUGCCCCCUCCCCAAUGUUUGGAAUGCUCCCCCUGGGGAAGUCUACCUUGCACCAACUCUUAUAUAAUGAUUUCAGUGCCAGGCAAAAACCGUUUUGUAUCAGCAGACCUCUUAUAUUGGCUGCUUCUUUGUGUGAAGUUAGUUUUAAAGAUUAAGUUUGUGGUGCUUGUAGGGGGUGGGUAGGUGUUGCAUAUGAACUGUGGCACAUUUUUGUGUGUGUGUUCGCCAGAGCUGAGUGCCUUACUGCAAGUUGCAUUUGAAACCCGAGUGUUUUGCAUUUGAAAUGUGGUUACCUUAUAUUGUACAUCGACUUGUGAUUAAUACUUAAUAAAUAAUAUUGCAAAGGGCAGGGAUUUGGCGGGUUCACGGCCAUUUGUUCCUCAACCUGGUGCCCUCUGGGUAGGGACACAGGUGGCACUGUGGCCUAAACCACUGAGCCUCUUGGACUUGCUGAUCGGAAGGUCGGCAGUUCGAAUCCCCGCAAUGAAGUGAGCUCCCGUUGCUCUGUCCCAGCUCCUGCCAACCUAGCAGUUUGAAAGCAUGCCAGUGGAAGUAGAUACAUAGGUACCACUGCGGCGGGAAGGUAAACAGUGUUUCCGUGCGCUCUGGCACUCGUCACGGUCCUCCGUGCACCAGUAGUGGUUUAGUCAUGCUGGCCAUAUGACCCAAAAAAGCUGUCUGUGGACAAACGCCGGCUCCCUCGGCCUGAAAGCAAAAUGAGUGCCAGAACCCCAUAGUCACCUUUGACUGGACUUAACCGUCCAGGGGUCCUUUACCUUACCUUUUACCUUUACCUUUGCCCAUGUUUGGACUACAACUCAGAUCAGUACCUGGCAUCAAGACUGCACAGGCUGGAACGAAUGGGAGUUGUAGUCCAAAACAUCUGAUGGGUACCAAGGUCAGAAAAGCUGCUCCGCGUUUUUUCGCAUGUCUGUGUUACAUAGGGGGACGGCUGCCCCAGCCUGUUUAUCUGGGCCUUGAAGUCUCUCUUACACCUUAAACACUGAGAGAUUACACAAUACUGCUCCAACUCUUACACAUACAUACAGUUCAUAUCCUGUGAGCGAAUAGGACAGCCCAGUUAUGGAAUCUAAAACGUUAAUCCUUUUUUUCAAAACAAAACAAAACCCGAAACAGAUGUUUGUUUGAAACCGAAACCUAAGCAAGGAAGACUUUUGAAACUUGUGCAUACUUUGCUGUGUGGGUGGCUAUUUUUGCUUGUGUUGCAGAGUUGUUAGAGUCCCACUCAGCUGUGUUGCUGGUCCAAAAUGCACCGGAUAAAUUAUAUUGGGAGAUUGCCAUUUUGAGUUGCACACGACGGUUUCCUAGGAGUGUUUGCUUCCGCCUUGGUGACAGGUGAGGCAUCUCAUCACCUUCGCGUUAUCUCCCUAAAGUGAUGUUGCCAAAUAACCAGCAGCCCCCUAAGGCAGAGAUGGGCAGAAGACACACCAGGAUCUACUGGUAAAUUUCUGAAUGAUUUGCAGUAAAUUCCCAGGCGUUUUUGAUCCUCAUAUUUUUAUUUCUCAGAAAUGGAAAUAACUGUGAACGAUUGGGAGUGGAAGUUUGGGUGAAAAGAUGGUGAGCCCAGUUCUGGUACUAAAACCAACUCUUGAGGCUGUGCUAAGGCAGGAUAUGUUCCUUACUUCUGUGUCUCCCCUAUUUUUUGCAUCUGCCUUUGGUUGGUGGGUAGGGACGCAGGUGGCGCUGUGGUCUGAGGGUGAGCUCCUGUUGCUCUGUCCCAGCUCCUGCCAACCUAGCAGUUCAAAAGGAUGCAAAAAAGUGCAAGUAGAUAAAUAGGUACCGCUCCGGCGGGAAGGUAAACUGCAUUUCCAGUGCACUGCUCUGGUUUCGGUGUUCUGUUGCACCAGAAGCGGCUUAGUCAUGCUGGCCACAUGACCCAGAAAAACUGUCUGCGGACAAACGCUGGCUCUCUCAGCCUGUAAAGCGAGAUGAGCGCCGCAACUCGAGUCAUCUGCGACUGGAGUUAACUGUCAGGGGUCCUUUACUUUGGUUGGUGGACCUAUGAGUUUUAAUGCAAACAACAUAGAUUCUCUUUGAAGUCUGCCCACUCCUGCUCCAAGGAAUUUUGAGCUUACAAAACUUGUUUUGUUUGUUCUUUAGAUAUGUAGGAAAAGUCCAUUGGAGUUUCCAUUGUGUUCUUCCAAAGGAAAGUCUUAACUGGGGGAGAGGGCAGCGCUGGGUGGGACGCUUUGCUACCAAGCAGAGGCUGUGCAUCUAGCGGACUUAAGUGGAAAAGGAUUAAUCAAUCCAGAGUAAAUAAACUGCAGAACAAUGCACAGCGUUUCAAGUUUGGCAUUUUAAUCAUGUUCAGUUUGUGUUUUUUUAUGUUUUCCCUUUCCGGUUUGAAUGUAGAAAUUGUGGCUUAAGUUUUUAAUUGUGGUUCUGUCCUAUGCAGUGUUUCCUUUUGUUUAACUGGAAAGAACUCUCUUCGAUGAAUCACUGUCCUUUCUCUUUUUUUCCUUUUGCAAAUAGCCUUUGCAAUGCAAUUCCUGUGUUCUAAGUGAAAGUGGUUCAGCAUUUCCCCAUGUACUCCUCUGCUGUAGCUCAACCUUCUCCAGCCUGAUUCCCUUCAGUUGUUUUGGACUACAACUCCCAUCAGCCUCAAUCAGCAUGAAUGUUGGUGAAGACUGGUGUCGCUGCAUGGCUUGUAGAGUGGAUGAUGGGCCAUAUGUUCAGACAAAACCUGGUUCAUGUACUAUCUGGGGUGGCAGACCCUUAGCCUUCUCAUUAUGCAGCUUUUGUGAUCAAGAGCUGUGUGGCGAGCCAUGAUCUGAUCCACAUAGACUUAGGUGGGUGUAGAAUCUGCAUGUUGCUCUGAAAUACGCCUGGCAACUAGAAUGUAUGAAAUUUUAAGUUGGUGGCAGAUGACAAAGGCAGAGGCAGACUACCAUUCUCUCUUUGCGAUUUUAAGCUUUUCAUAUUUCGAAUGAACAUUUCCCAACAAAGGAAUUGCAGAAAUUGUUAUUUUGCAUAUCCUCCUGGCUUCCCGUUUCACAACGUUCUUAGGAUAAGAUUAUGCUGACGCCGGCUUAAUUACAUGCGUCUCCAGAGAUGCAAGGCGAAGGCGAAAAGUUGUCACACACAGCUUUAGAGAUGCUAAAUGAUGGCAUGUGUGUGCAUAGAAUCAGAAUUGGAAGAGACCCCGAGGGUCAUCUAGUCCAACCCCCUGCAAUACAGGAAUCCUGCCUGCAGCUGCCCCCGAAUGGGCUCGAACCACCAAGCCAGGCGCACUGACCCAUUGCACCAAAGAGCCCUGCAUAAACGUGAAUUUCAUUACCCCUCCCCACAAUCCCUGCUCAUUUUCUCUAGUUUAAAAACCAUGGAUGCAAAGCCUAUGCUGGCUAGAUUGAUGACUAUAUGGAAACUGACAUAUUAACUGGUAGAAAUGAGAGCAAAAGGGUGCCUCUUCUCUACAUGCAGUCGCAGUCCCAUCAUGCAUAUAUACCCUCCCUGCAGCACAUUGCAGGAAAUUACAAGGAAGGGCCAAAGGCUCUGUUGCAGUUGCAGGUGGAAAAACCACAACUCCCGUAUGUAUUCCUGGGAUGCCUUCCUACAGUCCGUACCAGCCUUUCCCAGCCUAGUGAUUUGGACUACAAUUUCCAUGAGCCUCAACCAGCACAGCAAGAGGGUGUCAGUUCGUGAAAGGCAGAUCUUUAGCAAGACAAUCCAACAGUAAGGCAUGUUGGGUGGAAUCCAAAAUAGCACUAAGUGAACAUUUAACCAGCGUGACGAUUUCUACUUGUCUCCCACUCCCUCCCUCCUGCAUGGGAUUACCUAUACCCCCUGGAAAAGACUUGGGUAGGGUGCCAGCUGUGAUGAAGGGGGGAGGCCUGUUGUGCAAGAGGAAAUCCUUGUACAGUUGGGACACGGUACUUGGAAUACCACCCAUUGGCUAGAAUUACAGCAGAGGUAUAUAACGCGGCUUCUUAUUUUUAAUGCAUGAUGCAUUAAGUACUGUCUGUCUAUAUUGAUGUGUUAGCUUGCUCCUUUUUUAAAAAAUACAGAAAGUGCCUCACUUAAAAUACGAAAGCAUUUAGCUACGGAUUCUGUGCCGACCUCCUGUCGUCGGUGGUGAUUUUAAAAAAUUGUUUUAGUGCUGUUGUCAGUAGAGGUAGUCCAGAGUAGCGGCUUUCAAGCUUGGCGGACAUUGACUCAUCUGCCACAAAGCCCCCUUAUAGCCCUUUCCCAAGCCCGCUUGUAAGAGUGUGCAAAGGUCUCAACUGUUUGGGCUGUGUGGCUGACUUUGAACUUUUAGAAUAGACAUAAUGUUCUUUUGCCAUAGUUCCUUUAGCACAUGUUUUACUUGAAAAUAUAUGCAGUUCUGUAAUGCCACUGCACAAAGUGGUUAGUUUAGAUUGAUGCGCCGCUGGUAUAUUAAGUACAAAAUGAACUGUGGCAGACUUGGAAAUUAUGCAGUAUUCUUUGUUCUUUUUGGAGGAAUUGUUCGCCGGCUUCUGGGCUGCUAACUAUUGUUGUAGUCUAUAAAAUUUCUCAGAAAAAUAUAAUAGGGUGUGAAUAUGUCCUUUUGCUCUCUUGACCAAAGCCUAGCUGAUAGCCAGGUCCCAACCCACCCCACCCCAAAAUACCCUUCAGUUCUUGUCAUUUUUAACUUUUAUGGCAGUGUGUUUGUUGUAGGUUAACGUGGCGUUUGUUAUAGGUGGUGACGGGUGUUACAAGACCCGUGUUCCCCUCACCAUUUUCAGGGAGGUUUGACAACCAGUCUGUCUUCCCAAGGAACUCUGGGAAUUGUAGGUCUGAGAGAGGAAUCUGAGAACAACUCUCAGCACCCUUUUUAUCAAGCUACAGUUCCCAGGAUUCUUUGCAGUGAGUGAGCCAUGGCUGUUUAAAUCCCUCCUGCGAAACAAGUUUUCUAGAAUGAGUCUGGGCCUUCAGACAAAGGAUGCAUAGAGCCCCAUUAUUUUCUCCUGGAGAAACAUAACAUAUUUUUGUUUAGACUUGGAUUUGUGUGUGGUUGUGCUUUACCUAUUCCUGUUUGGAAGGAAGGCUGCACUGUGCAGUUUGAUUUUCGUUGCUAGGUAAGAAUUGAUGGCAUCCACACUGCAGACUGAAAACUAGCUUCUACUUAUUGACCACAGUUUAGCGUGACACAGAGAUCGGUCCACUGUGUCCAAUAACAUCCGAUUAAAAGUCCAGAGGAUUAUGAUUUACGUUAAAUAUACACUUACAGCCAUUAUUUAUACCAUUCUCUUCUGGGUGGAUCAGUUCUAAUUUUGUCUAUAAUUGUGUAUUAUUGAAACCCACCUUGGGACCUUAUGGUGAAGUCCGUAUAAUUUUUUUAUUAAUACAAUAAAUUGCAACAAAGAAAAUAGGAUCGGUGGUGGUGGGCCCCGCAAGGCUUUCUUUCAUAUAUACUGCUUAGUUGUUAAGACUAACCUGUCUCGCCUAGCUUGCCGUCAGUGCUGCGGAUUAAAGAACACAAGACUUCGUCUUGCUGGGUGAGACUAAAAAUAAAUCCAUUUGGCCAUAUGUUUUUGGGAACCGCACAAACAAGAAGGCAACAGCCCUCAUCUAAUCCCAGCAUCUAGCCUUAAACCAUAUGAAACUAGCGACUGUUUCCACAUAUUGUGGUAAUGAGUUCCAUAAGUCAAUUGACCCGAUUCUUAAGCAAAUAGCUUUCAUAGGGUGCCUCCCCUAACUUCAAGUAUUGCCGGGGAAAGAGGGAGAGAAUACCAGCUGUUUCCAUGCUGCUCAUAAUUUUAUAAACCUCUGCCAUGUGCCUACUUGGAGCUUUUUGAAAGGAAAGGAAGAAUGCUCCAUUUUGUUUUCUUCCUAGGGAAUCUAUUAACCACAUGCAGAAAGCAUAUCUAUCUGCGAGUAUGCUGUUGCUUCUUAAUAUACCUUUUAGCGGCCAAUCUUGAUCAAAAUUCUGCAAUGUUAGGGAAAAUAAUGAGGGGUUUUUUUGUGUUGCUUUGGUUUUUUUACAGUACAGUGGUACUUGGGUUACAUACGCUUCAGGUUACAGACUCUGCUAACUCAGAAAUAGUACUUCAGGUUAAGAACUUUGCUUCAGGAUGAGAACAGAAAUCGGGCUCCGGCGGCAGCGGGAGGCCCCAUUAGCUAAAGUGGUGCUUCAGGUUAAGAACAGUUUCAGCUUAAGAACGGACCUCCAGAACUAAUUAAGUACUUAACCCGAGGUAACACUGUACGUAAGAUGAACUUGCGUGGUCUGGUGCAAAUUUUGUGCAUCUUCUCAUAAGGAAGCACAAAAAUGAAAUAAAAUAAACCAAAACAGUUCUAGGCUAGAAGGGAACUCAUAAAAAUCUAAACUGCAGUCAGAAGUCAUACCUGAAAUUUUAUCCUCUGGCAGCUUCCUUCAGCUAUUGACCAGAGAAGUAAUUAACUCCUGACCUUUCAUAUCUGCCCAUAAUAGCAACAUCCCAUUUAGAAACUUGGAGAAUCUGCAAGCUGAGUUAUAAUAUAGUUUACUUGGGGGCUAUUUAUAACUGGUGCUAACAAGGCUUUGCAUACCCUGCUAUUUAAAGUUGGGAACCUCAUACGUCUAAACGCAGCUCUAGAAAACAUUUGCCGGCGCAAUACACAAAUGGAAUCAAGUGCUGGUGCUGCACAGUAAAGAGCAAGGGUUGUGAGCCAGGAAGUUAUGGGGCCAGAGGUCAGCUUAGCUAUUAAUUCACUGGGGUGGCCGCUAGAAAUGCGCCUGUGCCCUGGCCUCAUCCCCAUUUUACAGUUCGGGAGGGGGUCAGCAACUGGGGGCCUGCAACAAAAUGCUGUGCUGCAGAGUGUUUUGGUACAGGUUCAGGUCACUCAAUUCCACCCUCUCCCCACCACGUCCCUGGUUUCCUUCAACCAUUAUUCUAUACCACAUAUUGCAUGCUCAGUCCUUUCUAGUCUUUUUGGCCCUCCUCCCCUGCCGUAGGGUUUCUUCUUUCUUUUAAAAAAAUAGCUCUGCAAAUGUUGGAUCGUGCAGACCUUUGUGCUAUUUUGGCAACCUAAGUAGUGCCACACACAGUCUGAACCACAAAAAUAGAAGGAAUGAUAACUUGGCUUGCCUCUUGUGUGUCUGUCAUGGGGUCCCAGCACACAGGAGGCAGUGUUAGAAGCUCAGAUUUAUAAGCUCCUUAAACCAGGGUUGCAGUCUCCAAAACGGAAUGCCUAGUUGCCAUUUUUGGGCCAGAUGGUUUGAAAGUCUUUUUUGUUGUUGUUUGUUUCCUGAAAUUCAUUCUGAUUGUGCUGGUUGUUGUUGUUUAGUCGUGUCCAACUCUUCGUGACCCCAUGGACCAGAGCACGCCAGGUACUCCUGUCUUCCACUGCCUCCUGCAGUUUGGUCAAACUCAUGUUUGUAGCUUCGAGAACACUGUCCAACCAUCUCGUCCUCUGUCGUCCCCUUCUCCUUGUGCCCUCCAUCUUUCCCAACAUCAGGGUCUUUUCCAGGGAGUCUUCUCUUCUCAUGAGGUGGCCAAAGUAUUGGAGCCUCAGCUUCAGGAUCUGUCCUUCCAGUGAGUACUCAGGGCUGAUUUCCUUCAGAAUGGAUAGGUUGAAUCUUCUUGCAGUCCAUGGGACUCUCAAGAUUUUCCCCAGCACCAGAAUUCAAAAGCAUCAAUUCUUCGACGAUCAGCCUUCUUGAUGGUCCAGCUCUCACUUCCAUACAUCACUACUGGGAAAACCAUAGCUUUAACUAUACGGACCUUUGUUGGCAAGGUGAUGUCUCUGCUUUUUAAGAUGCUGUCUAGGUUUGUCAUUGCUUUUCUCCCAAGAAGCAGGCGUCUUUUAAUUUCGUGACUGCUGUCACCAUCUGCAGUGAUCAUGGAGCCCAAGAAAGUAAAAUCUCUCACUGCUGGUAAAACAUAACAAAUAGAAUUCUACAAGGAAGUGUUGCUAGUGUGUGAAAAUGGUCAAGAUCCAUAAACCUCCAGAUGGUGGAGAUGUCAGGCGCCAUCGUGGAGUCGGGGCACCUUCACUUGGUCGCAGGUAGGCGAUAGCCAGGUUCAAAAUGUUAUUGGCACCUGGCUAAUUUCGAACUCUGAGCUCAAGCCUCCUGGUAGGUGCACACAUCUGUAGGAAUAGAAAAGCCCAAGGUACUUUCUGAAAUAUUUGGAAAACUUUUUGACGUGUCCUUUGUCUCGUCCCGCAGGCCCAUUCACAGACGUCGUCACCACGAACCUGAAACUUGGCAACCCUACAGACAGAAAUGUGUGCUUCAAGGUGAAGACCACAGCACCACGCAGAUACUGCGUAAGACCCAACAGUGGGAUUAUAGAUGCAGGAACGUCAAUUAAUGUGUCUGGUAAGUUAUUCUGACAUAACAGCCCCAACAUUGCAAUGAGCACGGUGAUUUCUUAUUUUAAGAACCCCAUCCAUUUCCCCAGGUGUGCUUGCUUUGCCUCCUGGUAUAGUAGGACAGCAAGCAGAGAAAGGGAGAGAUGUUAAGUAAAAGCUCUGUUUUUUAUUAAUUAUGUCGUUUCAUUUAUGAAGCGAUUCAUUAAGGGAUAAUGAAAAAUGAACUUUACAAAGCAGGCAAUCCAUUUUCGAUCAUUAAUUUUAAAAUGAUUUAGAGCAAAUCUGCUGAACUACAAAUACUGCGCAAAACCAAUAAGGAAUAAAAACUUAAAACAGUGAGGUACAAAAAGAUAAUUAUUAUAGAAAAAUAAUGGUUCAGUUAGCAAAUGAGGAGGACUCAGUAGCAAAUGGUGAAUAUUGUAUUUUCUGGCGUAUAAGACUACUUUUUAACCCAGGAAAAUCUUUUCAAAAGUUGGGGGUUGUCUUAUACGCCGACUACAGCAGCAGCUCCUGCAGCAACUCCCCACCAAAGGAUAAAAUGACAGCAAAUUAAAUCAGAGGAAACCAAGCUCUCUAGAUAAAGCAGAAAUACACUUGAAAAUUGGCCCCAGAAGCCCCCGGCCACUGGAAAGUGGAGCGGAUUUCUGAGACGGACUGGAGACUGGUUUUUUAAAUUUUUAUUUGGUGUGUGUUGGAAGAGGGGUAGUCUUAAACAGCGAGUAUAUCCCAAACACUAUAUUUUAACUGGAAAAGUUGGGGGGUCGUCUUAUACACCCAGUCAUCUUAAACGCCGGAAAAUACGGUACAUAAAGCUGUCUGACAGUCAAGCUUCUAUCUGCUCAUACUGUAGCAGCUCUACAGGGUCUCAGAAAGAGGUUUUCCGUAUCACUUCCUAUGUGAUCCUGUUAACUGGAGAUAACAGAUUGAACCUGGAACCUUCAGCAUGGAAAGUUUGUUUUGUUUUCCAGCUGUUCUUGUCUCAUUCGCUUGUAGCCUGUUAACCUUCCUGGGACAGGACAGAGUGUCCAAACUGUUUAAGAAAGGGUGCCAGGUUCUCAAGCGAUGCCAUGCCGUAGUUUUAGAAGGCCAUGGUUUGUAAGUCAACAACAAACCAUGGCUUCAGAUGGUAGCUAUAUUAAAACAAUAGUUUGCUGCUGCGCAAUAAUAGUUGGGAGUAGGUGAACUUAGUAGUGACUUGAGUGGAAGAUACACAUGCUUAAAUUAAUCUCCUUGAUUUCAGGGGGAUUUAAAAGUGCCUGGUUUUUGGCAGGUUUGUGCUGUUAGCUUAAUACAGGCCUGUUCAUCUCUUAACCGUUAUCAGUUGAUUUCAAGAGCAGUUUAACUUGUAGAAUAAAGCAAGUAUAGAUAUAUAUGACCUUUUAAGCAUGCUAAGUCUGUAGACUUCAGAUGCUCAAUAGGACAGAUGGAAAUACUAAAUCAAUUUGGUUAAUGUCUGCCUUAAUUAAACCAUCAGCUCUAUUGAAAAUGUGCUCUUCAGCUACACUUUUAUAUGCACGAGAAUUGCCACCAGUUCCUUGGUGCGCUAAGAUCUGAUUGCAACUAGAACCUUAUUUUGUACUGUUCUUACAAACAAAUGCAUGCAGAGUCUUUCUCUUUAGCUGUGGGUAUUACUCUGAUUGGCUGCAAAAAAAGGUUAUUUAUUUUUUCUUUGAAAUUGUAAAACUCCUUACUACCCAGUGCAUAAAAUAGGCAGCUUUUAAACCUGAGUUUUAAACUAGGUCUGUUUGUCUCCUGGGUAAUGUACCUUUCAGCAAGCAUUGCCUGUCAGACUGUGAUGACCACCUUUAAGCCAUGUUGGCUGUUUCUCUAUUGAAAGGGAAGGCUUCACCUGAAUGCUUGUUUAAACCUGGCUGAUAGCUGCAUUGUGAAUAUCACUAACAAAUACAACUGUUUUUGGCCGAAGGAGACUUAGAUGGUAUCUGUAGAAUUCUACUGUAUUUAUGGAAUUUACUGAGCAAUCUUAUGCAGAAAUAAUGUGUGUUGUGUUUUGUGGACUUAACUCCCAGGUAGGAUUGCAACCUCAAAAGUAUAAACGCCUUCUAGAAAGGUAUGUGGGGGAAGAGAGGUGACAAGAUUGACCCCCAAGGGAGGGAGGUAUCUGGUUAGAAGGAUAGCAGAUUUUUCUUACACUUCCAACCACUUCCAGAGUGGUUUAACUGUUCCUCUUGCCAUGGAACUGUGGGGAUUUAGUAGGGCUGGGAGUUGAAAGGAGGUGGCUAAUCCCCUUAAACUAGAUUUCCUAGGAUUCUUUGAGGGAAUCCAUAACUGUUAAAAGUGGUAUAAUACUGUUUUAAAUGUAUGCUUUAGAUGGGGCCUAGAUCAGAGGUCACCAGAACAAGGAAAGCAGCAAUUCACAACAGCUUGUACUCCUGUCAUAAAGAUGCCAACCUCCUCUAAAUGCAAAUUACACAUACACACACGAUUUUGAACAUCAUAUAUGACUGCAAGUUUACACAGAAAUUAUCCUCUAAUGCAGUAGAUUGUCUUGCACAACAAUUUUCAUACUGAACAUUUUGGAUGAGUAAGACCUUCUCUAGCAAAGGCAUUUCACUCAUUCCAAAGGAGAAGACCUUUCCAUAGGAUGUUCUUCGAUGUUCCCUCAGAUUUUCUCCCCUUUUCCGUUGUAAGAAUGGGGGGCACCUGGGAGGGAGGAAACAAAGAAACCCCCCUCCCCCUGAACAUUUCCAGUCCUUUUGUCUACUUCAGGAAUAGAGAAGCUAUUACUCUUUUGAUGAUGUUGAUGAUGAACUGCAGCUCCCUUCAUCCCAGACAAUUAGCCAUUUUAGGCUGAUAGGGAGAUGGAAUCAUAGAAUUGUAGAGUUGGGAGUGACCCCAAGGGUCAUCUAGUCCAGCCCCAUGAAAUGCUGGAAUAUGAGCCCAACAACAUCUGGAGGGCCACAGGUUUCUUUUUUUUUUUUUAAUGAUAUUUAUUGGAAAUUUUUUUAAAAUUACAAAAAAGAACAAAGUAGAGAAAGAAAAAAGAAAGAGCAAAGAAAAAAAAACCAAACCACAUCAAACAAUACAAAUUCAAAAAAAACAAAAAUAUACCACAAACAUUUAAAAAUAAAUCCAUUAUUCACAAAUCCUCAACUGUCAUUACCUUCUUUCUUUGACCUCCUCCUCCUCCCUUUUUUUGUAUCCUAGUUGUUAAUUGUCGCAGCAAAUCCUUUCCAUAUUUCAUAAUAUUCUGUCAUUACAUUACCUUAAACUAUUUUAAUCUUAUCUUACUAUAAAAAACCUUAUAACUUAAAACCUAAAUCUUAUUUUUACCAACUUCUCAUAACCAUAAUAUUCUUACGUAAUUCUUUACACAUUUUUACUAAAGCCAAGUAAUUUCAUUCCAACAUUUUUCUAACAUUCAUCAAUUUUAUAAAACAAUCCUAGUAGUAAAAAAAGAAAUAAAAACAAUCCAAUCUUCAUCCAGUGUCCCUUCCUCCUGGUCCCGGGUUUGUCAGUCCUUAUUAUCCCAUCGAUCUAGCGCAUUAACCUGGUAACCUUGUAUCCGAGGCCCUUAAGUCUCUUCCAUGUCCCUUCCGCAGCUCUUCUUCAUAUUUAUAACUGUAUUUUCCCUUGUCUCCUGCUCGUUUCACUCGUGGGAACUCCAGCUUAACAAUGUUUUUGACCCUUCUCGACAGAUCAGCCCCUUUUCCAUAAUCCACACUAAACUCCAUGUGGUAUUUAAGAACAUGUUUCAAAAUCCCACCAAAAUUAGGAGCCCCCACAACCCCAAACAUCUCACGGCCCAUUGCCAGACUUGAAAAGUCCAAACAUCCCUGCAUAGGGGGGUCUAUCCAGCCCCCCAUUUCCAAACCAAACCAAACUUUUUCUUUCCAAAUCUGGCUUUUUCCAAGUUCAUUUGUCAAAUCCAAAAGCUCAUGUUCCUGUUGGGCCACAGCUCCCUCCAUCUCUGGCGCCCAAGAUUCAGCAACAUCCUCUUCCCUCAUCUGUUCUGUCAGGGCACACUCCUGAUUUAAUUCCUGGGUGGGCUCCAUAUAUUUUCCCACUGCCUGUUCAAAAUUUCCCACUGCCUGUUUAAAAUUUCUGAUCGAAUCAGUCAUCAAAUUCGUCUUCUCAUGUAACUGUUCCAGUAGGGCAUUUGUUUUAUAGAAAGCACGCAACAGAGCUUCUGAAUACAUGUUCUUUCUUUUAAAAACAAGUCUAGCAACAAAGUUUCCUUUUUCAGAUAUCUUGUCAAUAUUUGUUCCUUUCAAAAGCGAAGGGGAACAAUGGAAUCAAUGUUUCUCUUCUUAUAGCUAUCUGUCAAAAACGUUGUCUCUGGUCAAUGAGCUUCAAAAAAACGUCAGUCCUAACACCCCGCUCCAGGAUCAGGACGGUGGAAAGUUACUUUACUUUACCCUCACUUCUGCAGGUUUAAACAGUCCGAAAAGAUCCCCCCUCUUCUCCUGCUUCCGAAGGGGGGUUCAACAAUUUUAAAUGAUGAAAGUUAAUCUUUUACAGGUGAUUUUCUGAGCUCUAGUUUGCCAUGUCUUUGCUUUAAUCUAUCUACAAAGAAACGGAAGGCUGACUUCCUGUUUAGACCUUCCCGUUUCAGUGCCAAAUUGAGGUAAACUUUUAAGUCCAAUUUUCCUUUCUGCUCACAAGUCCUUAUUUAAAGUCCAAUUGUCCGAGUUUAGGUACUCACGGGUGAUUAUUUUAGAAGCCAAAUUGUCCCAGGAAAAAGGCAGCGCUCUCUGGCAAUGGCUGUGCGGCUUCGCUCCACGGAAGAAGCAGUUGACUCUCAGCACCGCGCCACUUCCCCCUCUUCGCUUCGGAGCCAGUUAGUGGGUUCCUUUGCGGGUUGGGGGGCGCUAAGGGUGCCCGCCGAGUCCCAUGGUCACAGGCUUCAUCCGCCUGUGAUUUUUGAAAGGGUCCCCACUUCGCCGUAGCGGAAAAGACCCAAUUCCCGUGGAGCUGGUCCCUCCAGUUUAGAGGGAAUCCGCCAUUGCCGAUGGCGCCACCCCGGAAGUCCCUAGAGGAGGGCCACAGGUUUCUUACCCCUGCUCUGUUCCUACCACCAGUUCCCAAAUGCUGGUGGCAGACUGUUUCUUUGCUUAGUGGAAACUCGUUAAAACUUCAGCAGACUUGAGCGUUUAUAAUCUGUUCCCUACGGCAGUGAUGUGGGCUUUCCAGAAAAUUUUGAAUUGGAAAAUUUCCUAUGCAAGUUAGGAUAAUUUCCAUAGCACAAUUUGCCUCAGAAAACUUUCUGAUCUAAUUUAUCGUGUCAGAUUUACUUGCAUUUAGUAAACAAAAAUAAAUGUAAAGCUGCCAAGUUUGCCUAAUGCCAAAUUUGUGAUUGGCACCCAAUUUUUUUAAAAAAUUCCCAGCAAAAUAGAGCAGUGGAAAAUUUAUUGUGGGUAAAUGCCUCUGGGACUCCACCAGGCAGGUAACCCAGAGCUCUCAUGUACUGUAGUUUGAGCAUUUCCAUCUCCAUUAUAUAUGACUGCAAGUUUACACAGAAAUUAAAAAUAGGAGCCAUAUUAUAUAAAUUAAAAGUAGUGUCUUAAGACAACUUGAUUCGGCAGGCGAUCCUCAGUGUGUUCCAGACUACCAUCAGCACCUGAUGACAUUGGAUAGGCCAUUAUUUGUGUUCUUUGUCAUCCAGUUGUCACUCAAUUUAGGACCCCCCACCCCUCAAAAAAGCAUGCUUGGAAGAGACAGUGCUCACCUCAUUUCCGCUGUCAUUUGGGUAUAUAUUCUCAGUGGCAGUUUUGCACCUUGGGGCUCAUAUUUCCCCCCCCCCCAACUUUAUUUGCAUUAGCCAAUGGCCAUAGCAACAUAAAACAAGCAAUAUAUGCAAUUAAAAAGACAACAAUGGAUAUAAAGGACAAUCAAAUGAUCAAGACUAUCGUUCAGAUAGUGGCCCUUAAUCUCAUUGCACCCUCAAUAAACCUAGCAACCUUUGCUGUUAUCUGAUCAUUUUGAUCUGAUAACAGAAAGAACAAUGUGGCCGCAGAUGGGCGGCCUGUGAUGGUAAGUAGGAGUGGGGUGAUGAUCUCAUUCCUCAAGUCUUUAUAAAGGGGACAGGACAGGAUGGGGCUUAUAUUUAUAUACUUCUUGCUUGCUUUGAUAGAGGAUAAAGAGGUGGUUUGUGGGGGGUUGUAAACUAGCUUAUUGCACAAAGGUAAAAUUCAUAUCCAUUGCUGUCCCAUUUUCCCCUUCCUUUUUUCCUGCUCCCCACUGGCCAUGUGACCCACUCCCCCGAAAAAUAAUCGGAAGGAAAUGAUGGCCCUCUGGCAGAAAAAAAAAUAUGUUCCCACCCCUGUUCUGAACCUUCCUCCUUCAAUUGCACAUGUGUUAAUGGAGGAAGGCCUAAGAAACCAGAGUUUCAGCCGCCUUGUCAGGUUUUUCACAUGGGAGUUCUCGGUUCUGCCACAAGUGAAGGGGGUGGGGGUGGUUUCGCGUGCUUUGUCUUUCACAGAAUGACGUGGCAUUUAAUUGUUAUCUGGCUGAAUCAGUAAUGCACUUAAAAGAGUCCAUUUCCAGGACUGAAGCUGCAGGAUGCAAGGAUAAUCAAUACACUUUCAACCAAGCAAAGGGCGGCUAUACCCCUCAAAGCUAGCACGGCCGCUUCCAUCUCUCCUCCUGGUGUUUGCUGGUUUAAUUCUGCUUCGUAGCUCCCCAUAUCUCCCACCUGUGCUGCACCUUUAAUCAGCUUAUUUCUAGUGUCCUUGGGAGCAUGUGGUCUUAAUUUCGUUCACGGCCUUCUGCAAAGCGUGCUUUAAUUAAUACUUGUUUACUUUUUGUCUUGCACAGCCCCCGAGGGCUCGUAGCUAAGACCAUAAAAUAAAGUUGGGAUGACAAAGCAUCUAAUUGAAAGCUCUUCCGAAUACCGGAUUCCAGCUACUGCCUCCACCCUUCUCCCAGCUGGACUAGAGCCACGAAGAGCCAGCCCAGAAGAAGACUUUAUUAUUAUUUUUUUAACAGCGCUGCAUGAAGUUGCCUAGGCUCUGGUGAGAUUCCAAGGGAAGGGAGUUCCAUAACUGGAGCAGCUAUCGAGAAUGCCUCUGUGCAGAUCAGCAGACAGGAAUGGGGCAAACCUCAGUGCUGUCAGCAGUGUUGGAGAUUAUGUCACAACACGACAGGGUGUUAUCCGUUGCAUAUCUCCUUACAGAUAGUGAUAAAAGACUCCAAGGAGAGCGCUUGUUUAUAUUAAGGGACAACCUCUAGAGAUCUGUCAGGAGCUUGCAUGUACCUCGGGUUACAGGCGCUUCAGGUUUCCGCUAACCCAGAAAUAGUACCUCAGGUUAAGAACUUUGCUUCAGGAUGAGAACAGAAAUCGCGGGGGCAGCAGGAGGCCCCAUUAGCUAAAGUGGUACCUCAGGUUAAGAACAGUUUCAGGUUAAGCACGGCCCUCCAGAACGAAUUAAGUUCUUAACCCAAGGUACCACUGUAUAGAGAGACUCUUGCCUGCACAAAACUGCAGCAAGAUACCGCUCGCAUUUGCUUAAUCGAGGAUAAACACAUAAGGGAACAGGACAUGACGAAAGGUAAUGGCUUCAGACCCAGGAUUAAAGGGCAAACUAUGGUCAGUCCUCACCGUAAGUUAGCAUAGGAGUUCUAAUGUAAUGGCUUGACAGUUAGGUCUAGCAUGGAAAUAUCUGUUCCUAAAUAACAGAGGAAGGGGAGUGUUACCCCAUGGCAGGAGCUCAGUUAAGCAUUUAGCAUGCAAGGAACUGUGUGCAUCUGGAGUGGCUGAAACCAGAAUCCAUCUUAAUGUCAGGUUGAUCAGAUGUCAGCUUGCCAUACAACUGGCAAGCCGAAUAUUGUACGCAGGCCGUUACUGCUUGGGGUUUCACUGUUUUGAUCAUGGAGUCAUAGAGCUGGAAGGGACCACCUGGUCCAUCUAGGGGGCCAUCUAGUCCAACUCCCUGCAAUGCAGGAAUUUGUUCCCCAAUGUGGGGCUCGAACCCACAACUCAGAGAUUAGGAGUCUCAUGCUCUACUGACAGGUUUUCCAAGCAGCAGCUGUUAUUUCUGUAUUUUGAAGGUCCUGAUAUUUUAUAGAUGUUUAUGGUGAUUUAUAGGGAUGCAGGUGACGCUGUGGGUUAAACCACAGAGCCUAGGACUUGCCGAUCAGAAGGUCGGCGGUUCGAAUCCCCGCGACGGGGUGAGCUCCCGUUGCUCAGUCCCUGCUCCUGCCAACCUAGCAUUUCGAAAGCACAUCAAAGUGCAAGUAGAUAAAUAGGUACCACUCGGGUGGGAAGGUAAACGGUGUUUCCAUGCGCUGCUCUGGUUCGCCAGAAGUGGCUUAUUCAUGCUGGCCACAUGACCCGGAAGCUGUACACCUGCUCCCUCGGCUAAUAAAGCGAGAUGAGCGCAACAACCCCAGAGUCGGUCACGACUGGACCUAAUGAUCAGGGGUCAAUUUACCUAUGGUGAUUUAUAAGCAUUUAUUUGAUUUACUCUUGUUUUAUCUUUUAUUGUGCUGGGCUCCUUUUUGGUUAAAGCAGUGUUUCCCAACCGUGGGUCUCCAACUGUUUUUUUGGACUACAACUCCCAUCAUCCCUGGCUAGCAAGACCAGUGGUCAGGGAUGAUGGGAAUUGUAGUCCAAAAACAACUGAAGACCCAAGGUUGGAGAACACUGGGUUAAAGAUUAAGAAAUAGAAUAAAUGUUAGCCACGAAUAAGAGAAGUAAGGGUGGCAUCCAACUAAUGUAUCUUGUCAGGAUUUAUGCUGGUGCAAUGGAAUUUCUCCCCAUCCUUCCCACCUGUGCAUUCCCUAAAUCUGUUCUAGAGGUUCCCUCAGCCCUUUGGAGCAGAUUUGAGGAGGGCUCAGGACCCGCUGGGGCGGGUGUUCUGUUGCACAGCCUUGGUCCAGAAUACCUGAAGGAGCGUCUCCACCCCCAUCGUUCUACCCGGACACUGAGGUCCAGCGUCGAGGGCCUUCUGGCGGUUCCCUCACUGCGAGAAGCCAAGUUACAGGGAACCAGGCAGAGGGCCUUCUCGGUAGUGGCACCCGCCUUGUGGAACACCCACCCACCAGAUGUCAAAGAGAAAAACAACUACAGUACCAGACUUUUAGAAGACAUCUGAAGGCAGCCCUGUUUAGGGAAGCUUUUAAGGUUUAAUAGGUUAUUGUAUUUUAAUAUUCUGUUGGAGGCCACCCAGAGUGGCUGGGGAAACCCAGCCAGAUGGGCGGGGUAUAAAUUAUUAUUAUUAUUAUUAUUAUUAUUAUUAUUAUUAUUACACAAACAUAAAACCUUGCAUGGACAGGAAGUGUUAUUUGGAUGCUGCCCCAAGGUCUGAGUCCCCCUAACUGAGUCAUCACGGGGCUCACAUGUGAUCUUCUCGUUUCUGUCCUCGGUGUCAGCUGACACGCACUAGGGUUCCUUAGCAUCACGAUGGUUAGCAGCAGAAAUCAUGCAAUAAAUUUUAGACGAUACAGCUUAGAAAUGCAGCUCGCUCUUCUUCGCUCCCUUAAAGCUAUCCUUAACUGGAAUGCAAAUUGCCCAGGAGAGAAUCCCUAUCUGUUGGGACUCUGGAGUCCGUUGCAUGCCUGCACUUCAGUUUCUUAGGAAAUGGCUGGUGUAUUAACAGCACUGUCAGCACAUCCGUCGUGCACGCUCUUGUGAUUUGUCAUGGAAUUGCUUAACUCAGCCCUUUUUCCCUUUCAGAGUGUUUCGCUGCGCUGCUCUUGCUAUAAUUGUCUCUUCUCAAGUUCCCCUGAUGCAAGGAAGGGUGGGGUCUUCAGAAGACCGUGGGAGCCUUUGGAUUCCAGAAUGACAGAAUACAAGUGGAACCUGCAGUAAAAAACAAAUUCAGUGUGGAGUCCUUCUGGCCAGGGUGCCAGCCAACCAUUCAGGACACUCCAGGAAGCUCCCUCCCCACUUCCUGUUUUCUUCUGUUUCUCACACCCUUACGCUCGGUCCUCAUUGGAUUCCUUGAGUGCUGACAAGGAUGAUUGCAGACAGGUCUCCUUGAAUAGAAGAGCCUUUUCAGGCUGGGACACCCCAGAGACUCACCUGGCACCAAACAUCUCUCUCUCCCCCCCACCCCAGCAUCUGGUGGCAACCUGUUUUAUUUACCCUGGCCCUUCAGUUUCCAGGUUUCGCUAACAGUUAUAGAUUUUACUGGUUCUGCUGCUUUGGUUAAACUGGAUGGGGGGGUAGAUAAAUGUUUAAAUACCUGCUUUUUAAAAACUACUUAGGAUGUUGCUACAACUGGCGAAAUUCGACAGUCCCUCUCAGUCUGUUUGUGGUCCUCUGCUUUGAUCUCCUCUUGACUAGGAGAAAUCCAAGGAAAGCCACUUUCAGUCCUGAUAAGCCAUGCAAGGCGAUGGUGCCAAAGUCCUUAAAGGGCACCCCAGCCUGAACCACGGCAUUGCCAAGGAUGCUAGAGUAAUAAUACAGUGGUGCCCCGCAAGACGAAUGCCCCGCAAGACGAAAAACUCGCUAGACGAAAGGGUUUUGCGUUUUUUGAGUCGUUCCGCAAGACGAAUUUCCCUAUGAGCUUGCUUCGCAAGACGAAACGUCUUGCGAGUUCUUACAAGUUUGUUUCCUUUUUCUUAAAGCCGCUAAGCCGUUAAUAGCCGCUAAGCCGUUAAUAGCCGCUAAUAGCCGCUAAGCCGCUAAUAGCCGUGCUUCACAAGACGAAAAAACCGCAAGACGAAGAGACUCGCGCAACGGAUUAAUUUCGUCUUGUGAGGCACCACUGUAAUAAUAAUUUUUAUUUAUACCCCGCCCCCGCCCCCCCUAGCCAAGGCCGGGCUCAGGGCAGCUAACAAGCAAUAAUAAAAACAAGUAGAUCACUGGGACCGUGUGAUGCAGCCCUGACCACCUCUUGCUUAAAAGUAGCAUGCAAGCUCACUUGGUUGGAACGUGGUGCUGAUAACGCCAUGGUUGCAGGUGCGAUCUCCGUAAGGGACAGCUGCAUGUUCCUGCAUCUCAGGGAGCUGGACUUGAUCGUUCUCGGGGGUCCCUUCUAACUCUACAAUCCUAUGAUUUCGCCUGCGAAGAAUUCUUCAGAACUCAAAAGCUUACUGACUUGCAUAUCUUGGGAUCCCCCUGUGAAACUGCAGAACGUGAGGAACCAGCUUAUGCUUUCAAAAGACGUCUUUGGAUGGGUGCAAAUGACUGCCCUGCUGCUUAAAGCCGGGGCUGCCCCACACUUUGUCCCUGCAUAGCUCCUUUCCUCUGCCCAGUCCUUCUUCCCUGCAUAGAGUCCCAGCAGCCACGCAUCUCUUCUCACUUCCUGUUGGCGUGGAAAUCUCUCGAAUGCUUCCAAUACAAGAACACGGGGAAAUGCAGCAGGGGUUUCCCUCUGUCAUGGGUGCAUCAGAGUAGAAGUGGAUUAGGGCCUGGUGAUUUGCAGCAGGAGUUGGGCGAUGGGCUCACGUCUGUUUAUAUACCGCUUGCUGUGUGGAGACUGGUGUGCAAAGUCUAAUAAGCUGAGCCGGCAUAUCUGAUCUGCAGGAAGUGGAAAAGGCACGUUGAACUGGAAUGUGUCCUUGACUAUAGAACAUUGCAUAGAUUUUCAGGCAGGGCUUGGCCAAACGUCUCAUUGCGACAUGCUUGUUGCAAGCCCUAGAUUCAGCUUUGGAAAAGCUGAAUGUUCUGUACUCUUAAAACAUGUUUUUGUUUUUUUCUUUAAACAAAACGUGGUCUGUUGCUAUUAGCAACAACUUAGUAUGUGUGCACCCCUCACAUAGUAGCGCAGACUUGGCCUUGUUCUCUUUCCUAGCUUUGGCUUUUCCUUGCUGCAUUACUGCACAUUCUUUUUACGUAACAAAACCCUAAGCUGCUGUAGAAAAUCAUGGGUUGCUGGACAUGGUAAGCCUUGCUGUGACUUGCUAGCAUGACUUGACCAUGCAGGUUCUGGGCCACAGCUUGUGGUUAGCGAGGGGAGAGAUGAACCAGGAGCCUGGGUUCAGACAGCACACUAUGCCAUAGUUCAGCAUACCACGCUGAACGGACAAGUUCCUAAAUUUUCCAUUCUGGGUGUUUUGUAGAAUUCCCUUAGCCGUGGUUUGUGCCAGAUGCCUGGGGUUGUGACAACUGGUGGAACAGGCAGCAAAGGAAUUGCUUAUGCCGACAACUCAAAUGCUUUACACAUUGGCCCUGACUGUAGCAGAAACGACACACAAACCUGUAGCCAGGCUUACGUUCGACUGCAAAGACCUCCCGAUUUUUUGGCAGGGGGGGGGGGGCAGACAAUUUUACCGGAGACCUCAAACAGAAAAGCUAUUAUGCCCUCAGAUGUAAUCAUCCAUGGAUGCUUGUAAGUGGAAAUGAGGAUUAGACCAGGAUUUAUAAGGGAGAAAAGAAGUGAUAAUAGUGAAAAAUGUGAAAUUGAAGAAGUUACUUUUCUUCAGGGGUGACUAACAUUUGACUGUCUAGGUCACUAUAAACUACAACUCUAUAAACUGCAGCUAAUCUACAUUGGCCAUGUUGGGUGGGGCUCGUGGGAGUUAGAGUUUAGCAGCGUCUGGAGGGAUGCAACAUAGUCACCCUGGGAAUUGCAGGUAGAUAAGGACAUUUUGUGUAUGAACUCGAGGCGCAUACAAUCACCAAUUUUUCCUUGAUGCGGACACAGCAGCACUGCUUUUGGCUGCUGGGGAGGACUCUCCUGUAAGUGUGUUGCUAUGGGAGGGGUGCAGUCAACAGGAGAGUCCCUGCUAUUCCCUCAUGCGCUCAUUGAAGAGGAGAGGACAUUUGUUUGAUUAUCCUUGCAGCAAAGCAUUUGUGCGCUCUUCCCUCCAUGCAUUGAGGGGAGGAUGCAUGAAGCAUCUGUCUUAACUGUUUGUAAAAAGAAGUAACAGCUUUCCAUUUUUCAGAGGUGAGAACUUGGUCUCUGCAAACAAUAGCUUGAGUAAACGCUACCCAAGAAAUAACAUUCCUACACAAAGUGGAUGUAUUUCUAACCGCAUUCCCUUCUCCCAUUCAGCAGUCAUGGCAAAUGCCCUCGCGCUGCACAAGUCUUCAUAAUUCUGUAGCUUAUAAAAAAAGCUCAAGCGUUUUCAUUGUGCAACUCAGGUUAAGCUUCUGAAACGAAUGUUGUGGUGUUCCCAGCUUCCUUGCAUCUAUCGACCCUGCCAGGAAUUGCUUCUGGGAACGAGCAAAGAUUCACACGUGGCAAUAAAUGGCUGCAGUUCUAAUGGCAAUGAUUUCUCUUUUCAGUGAUGCUACAGCCUUUUGAUUACGACCCUAAUGAAAAAAGUAAACACAAGUUCAUGGUUCAGUCGAUGUUCGCACCCCCCGAUACUUCAGACAUGGAAGCAGUAGUGAGUAUUGAGAAAUGGCUUAUCAAGGUGCUGCGUUUUUCUUCUGCGUGAAUAACAUGGCGGAAAGCCUUUUGACAAGAACCAACGAGUUGUUUAAAGUGCACAGUGUAAUAGCGAGACACGGCGGAGCACCUAGUGGUAUAAAAGGGGGUCGGGGCUUGGAAUGGAAGUAAGACAACCUUCAAGAAAUGAAAAUUGAAAUAGACAAUCUGGAUCCCUUUGAUUGAACUGGCAGUCUUGCUGCGAGUGCAGAUGCCUCAAGAUUCAUAGAGGUCUGUUGAGGAGAAAUCUUAUUUGCUCACUUACUCACUUCAGGAAAACAAGUUAGGCAACUGGACUGUGCAAGCAUAUUUGGGCUGUAUCCUGCUAACACGUUAUUUAGGUGCAAGGAUUUUCCCAGCUGCAAUGGAACUUCAUCCCCUCUCGUCCCCGCAUGCAUACCCUAAAUCUGUUCUGGGGGGCGGGGUGUGCUUUUUUUAAAUUUUGCAAAAACAGAUCCCAGGUUUUUUCUUCCUUAAAAGACGAAGAAACAAAACACUGCUUCCCCCACGGCUUCCAACAUUUCUGGACAUUUUACAUCUCCAGCAUGAACCGAACCAGCAAGAGGGAUUUGUAAAUAAUGUUGGCCCUGUGGCAUGCUUGAACACCGCAAGUGCACUAAUGUCACCCCCACAUCUAGCAUACCCUUACAGCAUAAUGUAGGAAUGGUGUGGCUUCGUAUUCUCCACAGAGGAAGGCAGUGCUGGCUGAGCCACAUUGGAAAAUUCAGGGUACCCUUAUCCAUAUUAGGUUGCGGUUAAUACCUACGGAUUUUGCAUCUGUUGCUAGAGUUGGAUGGUAUCGCUGUGAAAAGUACAGAUGAAUCUUGCCCAGCGGCAAGUCUACAAUUUAUUUAUGCACGUUUAUUUAUUUCAAUAUUUACGGACGGCCUUUCAGGGAUUAACUCUCCGAAAGUGGCUCACGGCGUAUUAGCAUAGGGUUUUAUCCAACGAAGUCAUUCUGUUAGUGCAAGAAUAUCUUGCUUGUGCAACAGGACUUUCUCUUCCUCUCCCAUCUGUUCUGUGGGUUCCCCCAAUUCUCCCAAGCAGGUUGCAGGCCAUGGGGAGAUCAGAGGGAGGGGAAGUUCCAUUACACAAGUGGAACCCCUCGUGAUAAUGGGGCAACUUCAUUGCAUACAACCGAUAAUGUUCACUCAUAAUGUAAUUGCCAACAACAAAUCCACAAUCUGUAAAGCACGAAAGCAGCUGCAAAAUAUUCUAAUAGCAACAGGAGAGCAGUAUAAAUACAAAAAACAAGCAGCAAAGCCUAAGAUUGUAAAAAAAACGCCAAUUACAUUGAAAAAGCUAAAAUAUUUUUUGGAACCAAAACAAGAAUAUGUGGAUCAGUUGUAUAAAUAGCAUGUCCUUUUGACCCCAGCUUGUAGCAUUAAAAUAUAUUUAACUCUUAAAGUAUGGUCCUGACCAUGAACUUUGAAUGAACAUUGCUUAUGAGAACUGGUCAACAGACCAAAAUACCCCUUGAAUUGAGCAGAAGUCAUUUGAAAUAAUCUGGAAGGCAGUUGCCAGUGUCCUAAUAACCCUCUCUCACACACACAAAUUGAAAAUGUCAGCAUUACCUGUUCUUUAAUUUGCAAACUUGCUAUCUAGGGGGUGCCACCUCUGUGGGAGGCUGUGGUUAAUCCCAGUGGCUUGCAUUUGUGAACGAUUUUGCCCUUUACCAGAAGCAAACAGCAGUUUGCGAUGUUCAGAUUGCUUCUGGGGCACAUUGCACGCAACCCACAGCCAAGCACAAUAGGUGGAACCAGUUGGCCUAGCUUAUAGCAGUCCCACUGCAUUUUUGUUCAAUGGCAUGUGCUCCUCGUGGGAAACAAAACCUUAUGCAAGCAGAACUAGCCUGUGCAGUUCGCCCUGUGCCAUCUGGGAGCACACUGUGUGAAUGUUCCAUCCAAACACUCGCUGUUUGCCAAUAAGCCAAGCCAAAAUCUGUAGGAGCAAGCCUCACCCCUUUCUCCUCAGGCAAAUCCCUCUUAUCCAAGUGGAUAGCUCAACUCAUUAGCACAUGGUGCUGAUAAGGGCAAGGUUGCAGGUUCAAUCCCCGUAUGGGACAGCUGUGUAUUCCUGCAUUGCAGUGGGUUGGAGUAGAUCAGGGGUCAGCAACCUAAGGCCCAUGGGCCAGAAGUAGCCCGUGGAGGUCGUUUGACCAGCCCACAAGCCGCCCCCGAACCAAGGUGCGAGCUGCGCUAAACCGGCGCGGCGACUCGCUUCCGCGGCACUGAAAACCGUGUCUGCGCAGGUGCAGACACCGAAAAUCGUGGGCGUGCACGCGAUUGAUCCAGCCCACAGAGGGAUUUCCGUGAGACCGAUCCGGCCCAGGCAAGAUAAACCUUGCUGACCCCUGGACUAGAUGAUCCUUCCAACUCUGCAGUUCCAUGAUUCUCCCUGCCCAAAUCCGCCAGCGAAGAGUUGCACGGAGCGGUGGGCAUGCGCCAGCCAGCUCUAAUUCAACACCACCCCACCAUUCCUGCUUCAAAGCAGAGAAGGCCUAGGGAGUGGGGAGGGGGGCACUUUGGCACUUCAUAGUCAAGUCUCUUCAAGUGGAAAGAUAGCAGGCGUCCCUGCACGACUUCCCAGCUAUCUUCGCCCAUCUCUGCAGCGUCGCAGUCGGAGGGAAACGCCGGCUGUUCAUCACAUUCAGCAGAAGAUGACACCAUGCUUGUCAUGGCUGGGAGAUUCAUUAAAGCCUGUUAUUGGCCCUUCUGAAACUUUCUCAGAAGUGUUUCAGAAUGCUAGAUAGACUUUUCCUUAUUUAUUUAUUUUUUACGAAUGAUCCAUGUAAUAGGGGGGUUUCACUUUGCUUCUGGAAGGUAUCUUGGACAUUGGAGAGACAUCGGGGAAACAAACUGCAUAGUACUGAAGAAGACUUAAUUCUUUUAAAAUUAACUUUUUCUUCCGUUCUGUGUGUUUUAGUGGAAAGAAGCAAAGCCAGAGGAACUCAUGGAUUCAAAACUUAGAUGUGUGUUUGAGCUGCCGGCAGAAAACGAUAAACCCGUGAGUUCAAUUGUUGCUUUCUGUACUUGGCACGGCUGCUGCUUAUAAGUAAAAGGUAGUGUCUGAAAUAUCUAGACUCUUAAACCAGCUAUAUAUUUCAAGGCCCAAACAUAAGGCUGUGGUUUAUUCAGAAACUAUAUUAAAUGUUCAAAACAAAUCAUCCCUGCAAAGAGGCACUUUUAUAGUCAACUUAAAAUAUUUUCGUAGAUUAUAAUACAGUUGAUUUAAACAUGAUCGAUCUACUGUGGAUGAAGCUGAUUUUCUUCAGUAUGUUCCCUUGCUUUUUCUUCUCUCACCCAGAAUCAUGUCAUGGGCACAUCAUUACUAAAGCUGCACCUGUGCUUUACAUAGGAUUGUGCAUUGCAAUUCUGCAGUCACAGCCAUGCCUUUAGAUAUAUGGUGGUGGUUUUUCUGGCGCUUAGUCCUCUAACAAUGUAAAAGGUGGAAUUGCAGCAUAUUGCGAUAAGAGUAGACUGUGGAUUCCAGGUUUCUGCUUUUCCCCUUUUAAUCCGUAAAAGUUGCAAUGGCAGGAGACUAGGCAGCAAAUAGUAGCUUUAGCCAUUGCUCUUAGUAUUCCAGAUUGUGAUGCAAUUUCAGCGUCAGAUAAGAAAUAGAACGUUCCACAAGUUGCCAAGGAAGGGUGUGUUUAGGUAACUUCUGUUUUUGCUGCGUUUGCAGCACUGAAGUGACAUCAAGCCUGGGCAGUGUGUAUGAAGGUCCUGGGCUGCCCAGAGAACAAGUCGCUGAUGUGGUCCAAAGGAAAGCAGAGCAAUACAUUUAGCACCAGCUUGGCUGCAGGAGUUGCCGGAAAGAGGCAUACAAGAUGCCAUCCGACUACCUUAGGGGCUGCACUCUGGAUUUGUGUGGGGUUUAUUCCUUAGUUUUUUCUUCUCCCGAAGAUGUCGCACAAUGCAGUGGAGGUCUAGGAUCAUAGUUUUCCUUCUAGAUAGGCUACCUCACCAGCUUGACACAGGGUGCGUGCAGGACACUUCCAACAAUCUGAGAGGUGUUCCUGGACACGUCUGGCUUUGCUUUUUGAACACUUAAAUACCCUUGUGCCUGGCUGGUCGCUCAGAUCUUUUGGCCCUGUUUGUAAUCGCAGUUGUCACCCAUUGCAAAAUGGGUGCAAUGAGGAACCCAUAUUUAGAACUUGGGUCUUUGUGUACUGUGUGAAAAAUAGUGAAGGCUGGGAACUAUUGAGAGAAUAAUUAAGGAGUCUGGGCAGUUGUAAUGGGCAGUGAUUACAAAUAUCCCUAGAAACUUAAUACUCCUUUUACUAAAGCACUAACAUUAAGACUUCAAGUAGAAUAGGUAUCUGUAGGAGGCUGUUGGCAUCUCUGUCUCACACACAAGCACAACUCUCCAUCUAGCAACCCAGAGAUGAGGGAACAGUAGUUGGGGCAAUGGGAUUUAAAAAAUAGUCAUAGAUACAGUAUGCAAAGCGUUCCGGCUCCCAGGGACUGAUGGGAGUUGUAGUCCAAAACAUCUGGAAUGUACUAGGUUGGGGAAGGCUGACUGAGAUUGUUGGCUGUCCUAAGUGCUUUGUAAAGAGAGAAAUGAUAGGAUUUGAAGUGCCCUAAAUGAAAACAAACUUUCUGUUGUUGUUGUUUUUGUCUCAACAGCAUGAUGUAGAAAUAAAUAAAAUUAUAUCCACAGCUGCAACAAAGACAGAAUCUUCUGUAAUGUCUAAAUCAUUAAGUUCUUCUUUGGAUGACAGCGAAGUUAAGAAAGUAAUGGAAGAAUGUAAGAGGCUUCAGUUAGAAGUUCAGAGGUUACGAGAGGAGAAUAAACAAUUUAAGGUAAGGUCAGCCUAUUGACACUUAGGACAAAGUUAAAGUAUUGGCGUGUAUUGCAAACUGCCUGGCAUAGUUGUUUUUUUGUUGGGUAUUUAAUAACAGCUGGGGAUUUGUUUCAUGCUGGUUCACACAUCACUCCUAAAUAACAGAGGUGCAUUCAGCUAAAUUGUUGUGCUGUGGAGGCCAGUACAAGGAUUCCUGCUUGUGCAACAAGAAUUCUGCCCUCUCCUUCCCUGCCAGAGCUGGGGGAACUCCAAGAAGAGAUGCGGGGGGUGCAGGGGAGGGGGAGGAGAGGGGCAGAAUCUUGCCUCUCGCAAGGAAAAUCCUUGCACUGGUGCAGCCUACUUAGAAUACAACCCAUACAGUAGUUUGUUUUAAGUCAUUAAUUAUGUUGGGUGCUGCGUUAUGGUUUGUACCAUCGGAUACUAUAGCUUGUUUGUUCCCAACAAACCACAAGCGGUAGGCCAGAAAUAAGCCGAGGUUCGUUGUUCUUGGCUUACUUCUGGUUUACUGAUCAUGGUUUGUUUGAAAUAAACCACAAUCCGGGUUCACACAAUAAGCAAUACCACACUUGUUCUGGGGUAUGGCUUAUUGGGAGAAGGUGAGCAGCAGGAACGUUCACAAUUAAGCCAUGGCUUAAAACAAACAAUAGCUUUUUGUUGUUUUAACCUGGCCUUACCCUGAUCUAUUAAGGGAUGCGGGUAGCGCUGUGGGUUAAACCACAGAGCCUAGGACUUGCCGAUCAGAGGGUCGGCGGUUCGAAUCCCCGCGACGGGGUGAGCUCCCGUUGUUCGGUCCCAGCUCCUGCCAACCUAGCAGUUCAAAAGCACAUCAAAGUGCAAGUAGAUAAAUAGGUACCGCUCCAGCGGGAAGGUAAGCGGCGUUUCCGUGCACUGCUCUGGUUUGCCAGAAGCGGCUUAGUCAUGCUGGCCACAUGACCCGGAAGCUGUACGCCGGCUCCCUUGGCCAGUAAAGUGGGAUGAGCACCGCAACCCCAGAGUCGGUCACAACUGGACCUAAUGGUCAGGGGUCCCUUUAACUUUACCCUGAUCUGUUGUUGUGUAUUGGACAGUUGUUAGCCACUCUAGGUGCCUUUUGGCCAGAGAACAGGGCAGAAAUUAUUUGAGUGAAUCUGUGAAUUUGGUUAAUGGAUAUAAUCUACCGCAGUAGUGAAUGAUGGCAAAAUGAGUAACUAGCAAGCUUAACUAGAAUAUGUGGGGGGUUUUUAAACCAUGGUUAAUCUGUUAGUAACAGAUUGUAGGAUUGUGUGCUGUCUUUUCCCAUCACUUCCAUUCUGGUCCAAAUUUCUCCUGGCUGCCCAUGGUUUCUUAUAGAAUUGGCACUUGCAUUAACAGAGGUUAGAGCUGACUGCAGUUCCUGGUCAAUCCAGCUUGGGGGAAGGACUGUUUUUGGAUCCCAGGUUUAGCAGGAACCCUGGUUACAUUUUAGGUCUGUUUUGGGCCUGGCAGAAGAGCGUUUUCUGCUUGGAAAAAGGAGCACAUUAUCUCACCCCAGAUUGUUUACAUCUCAGCACAGAAUUGAGGCUGAGCGUCUAAUGCGCACGUCUGCUCAGUGCAUUUAUUUAUUUUUUAAAUCUCCAUAAAUUAUCCUUGCUGCAGGAAGAAGAUGGACUGCGGAUGAGGAAGGCGCCCCAGACAAACCACCCGGGCUUUGCUUCAGCACCUGUUGUGAAGGAAGAGGGGCUCAGCACUAGACUACUUGCCCUGGUGGUACUGUUCUUCAUCAUUGGCGUCAUUAUAGGGAAAAUCGCCUUGUAGAGGCAGCAUGCUGAGGAUUGUAAAUUGGAUUGAUGGAUCUGCCAUAUCAUUGGUAUUAAAUUUAUUCAUAACAAAUGUUUAAAGAAAAAUGUAUGACAUCUCACAGGUCUUGCCUUUUAAAUUUUUACCCCUGCACAAAUAUAACAUUAACAUAACAUAAUCUUCUAGAAAGCAUAAAACAUAAAAGGAGUUGAGCAGGAGAAGAGAGGCGAGUUACAUCUUGAUUGCCAGCAGUGAGGACGAAAUCAUGUAUUUUAACACUAUAAAGGUGCAUUUUGUGUGCGUGUGUGUGGGUUUUUCUGUUUGUUUUUUUAAAGUUAAACUUCAAAGAGUUCUUGGACCUUCAUCCCAAUUACUGGACUUCUCUUCUUUGGAGGGGGGAGGAAAGAAAAAGUUCCUCCGUUGAAAAAGAGUAGAUCCUUCUGGUUAUUUAGAGGUUGGCUUUCAGGCGGGUGAGGCUGAUGGCGUUAUUGUAAAAUAGGCUAACCCACCAUUCCUCCUCCUCUUAAAUUUUAACAGUUCUGUCAAGUGGGUGUGACUUGGGUCUCAGCAGUGUAACUCCCCAAGCAGCUGUUUAUUCACCCUGAACUCUCUUUAAGUGUGACCCUGCCUCUCUAGGUCCUGUGUCAUUUGCAGGAGCUGUGAACCACUAACUGGGCAGCCUGGAAGAUGAGAAGGAGAGGGGAGAGAAGACUUGGAGCAGGUUCAUGAUCCAGAAGGGUGCCAGCAGCACCGGAUUUCUGAAAUUGGCCCUGUCCAGUCUUAUGUAUAGAAAAGGGGCGACCAAAAGAUUGUGGAGGCUGCAGCAGGAGGAGUGGAAGGCGAGAGGGUCACCCACAUGCUUUUUUGCUCAUGUCAGUCUAGCAGUGAGGAAACCUAAUUGCCAGUGGUGGUUUGGAAACACAAGGAGCCCGCUUUCCAGCUGUGGUCAACUCAACGUGUUGCACCAGAUGUGCUCCGAUUUGAACUGCGGGUGUGAUUUUCUUAGCCAGGCUUUGUAGGAAAGAGGAGCGUUGCAAUGAGCCAUCGCGUUUUGUAUCUGAACCCUCCCGUCUUGCUAAAAUAGUUUCUUCCUGUCCAUCUGUGUUUCCAGUCAAGAUGGCAUCAUGUUUAAUGGGGACCAUGCACCUCUUGCCUCAUCCAUCGUGUCCUUUUUGCACCCUCCGCUUGUCGCAUCCAUCAGCAAACCUUUCCUCCUCUGCUUGCACCCUCGGCAGACUCUCAAAAGCUUAGCCACAUAAUGCAUUGCACAUUGGGGGGGGGGGUGGCUUUCCGCUUACAUGACCUUAUUUCAGCCUUUUGCCAUUUACCUUCUCGUGAAGCUUUUGGAGAUCAGGUUUCUGUCCUGAACUAUAGAAGAAAGGCUGUCAGGGAUUUGGUCUUCUGGACCUGAGAAGGAAUGGGACUUGCUGUUCUGUGCCCAUCAGUGGCACAGCUUAGUUCAGUCUCUGGGGCAUUCUCCGUUUCUCAACAGCUCAGUUCGAGAGAGAAAUAACACGCUGCUCCUUUGCCCAUCAGCUGUUUAGUGCUGACUUUCUUGAAUGGUGUUGCACCCAAGGAAGAAGUCUCUUGGGCUAUAACUGGCUGAAAAGGGGACAUGUGCAUGGAAGAACUUGGGGACAAAGGUCAUGAAUCUUAAGCAACCUGGUUGUCUCAUUUGUGGGAUGAUAGGUCUAGACCAGCCUUCCUUUCGACCACUCUCCAGCUGUUGCUAGAUUCCAGCUCUCCUCAUCCCUGACCAAUGGCCGUGCUGGUUGAGGCUGAUGGGGAGUUGGGAGAACCGCAACACCCGCAGGGCACCAGGUUGGGUACGUUUGGUUUAGCACCACUGGUAUUAACAUACCAGUCAAUGGAAAGCUGAAAGGAGCUGAAUGCAGCCCUAUUGAACAAUGUGGAAAAUGCCACGGGACAGUCACCUGUGUGGCAGGUUGCAUGGGGCGAGGAGGGUCAAUGCCUCGUUCUAAAAGGGGACCAAGCUACUGUUUGCUGUUGGUUCACGUAGCUGAGUUAAAGUCCUUUAUAUCCAAAUGUUUAAUGCAUAUUUAACUUAUUUAAUACACAGUCAGCUCUCAACUUACGUUCCAGGGAUAGCUCAUGAAGCCAAAAUCUCAUAUACUCAAAACACAUAGUCCCUUGCACCUCCAAAUGCUCUCCCAAGCUCACUGCAGUGGCAGGUGGGAUUGCUGGUGCCCCCCUCUCUUUAAUUUUUUUGUUUUUAAGUUUAAAUGCACGUUAAGUUGGAAGUUGACUGUAUUUCAUCUCAUGUUUCCUUUACCGUCGCAGAAGUUUGACUACUGUUAUAAAUGGUUAAAAAAGAGAGAAAAGGCACCUGUUCAAAGUUGGUGAAUAGAACUAAAUUUUCCUUUUGUUGCUGUAGUAACGAUGGACUCUUCCUCCUCCUGAUGCUUUGGGCACGACAUAAUUCUCACUUUCGACCAUCUAAACAUUGGGGGAAACAGCGGUCAGGAAAACUGUUUUUGUAUAUAAAAAUAAGUCUAUGUAGGGGAAAAAAAUUAGUAGGAAUUAGUUCUAUGCUGUUAAAAACAAAAAGACCAAUCCUGUUUGACUAUGUAGCAUCUUUAAAAAAAAAAAUCAAAUAAAUCUACCCCCAAACGAAUGGA